CAGCGCCCUCCUGCAGCCAAGCUGGAUGCGGAGAGAAAGGAGUUGAAUGCCAUUUUCUCCUCCCGUGCUUUUCUUUUCUCUUUUUUAAAAGAUAGAUCUCAUUUCUUCUUCUAUUUAUUUGGGGUUUGCAGCUUGUAAGCAGCAGCAGCGCGCAGCUGAGCUCUUUCCCCUCCUCGCUCUGUUUUGGCUGAAACCCCUGGAUUUAUUCCGGCUGUGCUUGGCACGGAGCCACCCACACUCUCUCUCUCUCUCUCUCUCUCUCUCUCUCUCUCUCUCUCUCUCUCUCCUCUUUGCCAAGCGGAGGACUUUUCCUCUCCCGCGGUUGCCUUGGCUGGGCGUCUCAAUGAGGGCUCCUUAAGCCGGGGAGCCUUUUCCGCGUCGGGGAGGACGCACGGCUCGCUCCGGAGGUUUUCCACCCCUUCUGCCCGCCAUCAGAAACACGGUUGCCUGGAGGGGGACUGGCCGGCUCUCCAGCUGCCCCGCGGCUCCUUAUGGAGACGGCCGGGAGAAGGCGGCGGCGUUGGCCGGGCUGCCUCCGAGCUGCGCUGUGGCUUUGCUGCUUGCUCCCGGCUCCGGUCAGCUGCACCUGGAACCGCGCGGGGCUCCAGUACGCCAAUCGGAGGUAAGGCGGGCGUGUGGUUACUCCGGGGUUUUUAAUGCGGAUUGUGCUUUUUAAUGCCCAGAGCUCCUUGGGCUAGGCCCAUCUAAUUCAUCCUUCUUUCCCAGCAAGACAGAUGCCUCUGGGAAGCUCGCAAGCCCUGUUGCUUUAUCUCUUUGCAGAUAGACUGCUCCUACACAGGGGAGCUCCAUUUUAUUUAUGGCAUUCAUAGGUUCAACUUUUCCUCCAAGGAGCUCAAAAUGGUGUGCAGGAGUGCCAGCUUGGCCCUGUGACUGUGGGUGCCUGGGGCUGUGGGCGUCAUGCAAUGUGUAUGGCCCUGGCACCAAAAUUUGUGGGGGCAUGGCCCUUUCGUGGGGAAUUUCAUGGGUGCUCAGGGUCCCAAGGAGUUGGCACCUAUGGUGGUAUGCAUGCCCCUUUGCAGCUUUAUGUAACCCUCCACAACAGCCCUGUGAGGUUGGUUAGGCUGAGAGGCAGUGACUGGCCCAAGGAGACCUAGUGAGCUUCCUGUCCAAGUGGGUAUUGGAACACUGGUCUCUCCCAGGUCCUCGUCUGAUGCUCUACCCAUUGUGCCACACAGUCAUGUUAUUUCCUCAGAAAUGUUUCCAGAGUGGCUAAUGAACAAGACAUAUAAGAAGCUGCCUCAAUACCAAGGCGGGUCAUUGGCCCUUGCAGAUCAGUGAUGGUCACACUGACAGGCAGCAGCUCUUCAGGGUUUCAGGCAGGGAAUAUUUUCCUUGCCACAUCUGCAGACGGGAGCUGGCGAAUGAAUGUGGGACCUGCAUGCAAAGCGGCUGCUUUGCCAUUGAACUGCAACCCUCCCUCACUGAUAUUUAUUGUCUUAGCUGUUGUUGUUGCCACCCUGAUGGAUGAAGGGCAGUGAAUAGAGGAAACAAAGAGUAUAAGAAAUAAAAAUGAAAUGAGAAACAACAGGGCACACUCAGAGAAAGGGCUGGGCAGGGAGGUGGAAAAAAGCAAGCUCAACUCCAUCAGCAGAAUAGGAGAAUCUUAAUCUCCGGGUUGUGGGUUCAAGCCCCACGUUGCACAAAGGAUUCCUGCACUGCAAGGGGGUUGGACCUCAUAGCCCCUUCCAACUCUGCAGUUCUAUGAUUCUGUGAUAUACCAACCAGCCGGGAUGGAGAGAGUAAUGGAUGUGUUCACACUAUGUGAAUUUGCACCAGCUUUUGAAAACCACCUGGGCUGCUGGCCAUGAAUGGGUCUGGUGGCAGUGAAUUCCAUAAAUUAAUUGUGCUUUGUCAGCUCUGAGGUUAGGGCUAGUUCUGAAGGCAUGUUUUAAUAACCAUAUAAAAGUUAUCAUAACUUUUAUACUUGCAGUGAAGGAAAUUAAGGAAUGGUGAAAUGGUAGGACCUCCCCACCCCCAUUUGAAUAUAGUUUUAGAGCACUCCAAAUCUAUACUGGGGGUCUUGCAGGGUAAUGACUAAUCUAGCUACCGAAUUUAGGUAUAAAUGGCAAAGGGUAGCUGUAGUUUUGGUUCCCACAUUGGCUUAGGAAGUACAGUGGUACCUCGGGUUAAGUACUUACAGUAAUUCGUUCCGGAGGUCUGUUCCUAACCUGAAACUGUUCUUAACCUGAAGCACCACAUUAGCUAAUGGGGCCUCCUGCUGCCGCCGUGCCACCAGAGCACGAUUUCUGUUCUCAUCCUGAAGCAAAGUUCUUAACCUGAAGCACUAUUUCUGGGUUAGCGGAGUCUGUAACCCUGAGGUACCACUGUACAAGCUAUGUAGGCUUGCAUCAAAACACAAACCGGAUCAAAUUUCUCUGCCAUCCUUAUUUGUGACACGCAUUUUGGGGUAGCAAGUCUUGGUGAAAGGGCUCUUCCAAAGGUUUUGCUAGCAACAUUGGCUAGCAAUAAAUAAAGCAAAAGACACAUUUACCAAUGGACAGAGAACAACAAGGCGAGUUAAGGAAGGGUGGCCCAACUCCAAAUGCAGGUGUCAUUUGCUCUUUGUUUAUUUAUCUCUCACAUUUCUAUCCCACCAAGGAGCUUGAGACAGCAUACAUGGUUCUCCCCCUCCUCGUUUAUUCCCCACGACAACCCUGUGAGGUAGGUUAGGCUGAGAGACAGUGACUGGCCCUAGGUCACUCAGUGAAUUUCUGUGGCUGAGCGGGGGAUUGAACCCUGGUCUCCCGGGUCUUAGUCCAACACUCAACCACUAUACUACACUGGCAUUCCUAGCCUGGGCAGGCUCUAACACUGAAAUUGGCGACCUCAGGCCCAGGGACCAAAUGUGGCCCUCUGUUCCCCUUUAUCUGGCCUCUGGGAAUCUCCCUAGCCUUGCCUUUCACCUUCCUCCAGUGUUUUUGCCUGGCUGGGCUGUGUCCUUGAAGCCUGAUGAUGAUUCAUGCUUGCUUGCUUGGAUGAAUGGAUGGAGGACAGAGAGUCUGUAGCACUAGAAACCAGCCUGGUGUACAAAGGGAGACAUUUAUACCUGUUGCUCUGCCCACUCUCAAUUCCCAGCAUGCAGCCCCCAGGCUGAAAAAGGCUCUGGGCUCCUGCUACAAAGUCUGCUGCACCAGGUUGAGAGGGGGAAAAGAAUGUGGAGGCAGGAAAGGAAGCAUUUCCUACUCUUUGAAUGACCACAGCUAAUUAUAGGCAUUGCCCUGAUAAUGUUGGGGGUGGAGCAUCCUGGCUCACUCUGGGCCAUCACUUGCCUGUGAUGGCAAUGCAGGAGUCGGGCUACGGACUUUUCUGAACCGCCAAGCUGAUUGCAGCCAUAUAUGCUGAUUUCUGCUUGCUGCGUUUCAAGGGGGUUCUGCUCUGGCCUUCAAUAAACACUGCAGUCAAAUGGAGGGGGAGAGUGGAAACCCUACUAGGUAAAGGUAAAGGACCCUGUGAUCUAAACUACUGAGCCUCUUGGGCUUGCCAAUCAGAAGGUUGAUGGUUCAAAUCCCCGUGACGGGGUGAGCUCCCGUUGCUCUGUCCCAGCUCCUGCCAACCUAGCAGUUCGAAAGCACACUAGUGCAAGUAGAUAAAUAGGUACCGCUGUGGCGGGAAAGUAAACGGUGUUUCCAUGCGCUCUGGUUUCCGUCACGGUGUCCCCUUGCGCCAGAAGCGGUUUAGUCAUGCUGGCCACAUGACCCAGAAAGUUGUCUAUGGACAAACGCCGGCUCCCUCGGCCUGAAAGCGAGAUGAGUGCCGCACCCCAUAGUCGCCUUUGACAGGGGCAGAUACAGUGGUACCUUGGGUUACAUAUGCUUCAGGUUACAGACUCCGCUAACCCAGAAAUAUUGCUUCAGGUUAAGAACUUUGCUUCAGGAUGAGAACAGAAAUCGUGCAGCAGCGGCGCGGCAGCAGCAGGAGGCCCCAUUAGCUAAAGUGGUGCUUCAGGUUAAGAACAGUUUCAGGUUAAGAACGGACCUCCGGAACGAAUUAAGUACUUAACCCGAGGUACCACUGUAAAUGGGUUGCGUGUAUCCUUGCUAAGUUACACUCUGACAUGAUUUGAGUCAGACCAUUGGUCUGUCUAGCUGUCUAGUAUUGUCAACACUGGCUAGAUUUCAGAGAGGAUUCUCUCAUAGCGUUAUGUGGAGAUGCUGGGGAUUAAACCUGGGACCUUCUGCAAAGCAAAUCCUCUGCCACUGAGCUACAGCCAUUCCCCUGAAUGCCUUGGUUGUUUUCCUGAUGAGUUAGAUUUUUUACUGAGCAUUACGUUUUUGUACGGUGUGACUUUCUUUGGUGGCAUUUUUUCCCUCUGUUAAUGAAUGGUGACACAGAAAUAUUUCAAUUAAAUAAAAUGGCACAGGCUGCAUCAUGCAUGUAGUUUUGGGUCAUAUCCAUGCUAUACAUUUAAGGCACUUUAAUAGUCAUCUCUCCCCCCUGCCCCGAAUCCUAGGAACAAAAGUUGUCUGCUCUGGUGGCUACUAGCCAGUGUUUGAAAUUAGCCAGGUGCCAGGCACAUUUUGCACCUGGCUACUGGCCACUUGCGACCAAGUGAAGAUGCCCAGGCUCCAGGAUGGCACCUGACACCUCCACCAUCUGCAGGUGCAUGCCAGGGAAUCCUUGGAUCUUAACUGUUUCCACAUACAGUGGACGCUCGGGUUGCGAACGUGAUCUGUGUGGGAUGCACGCUCGCAACCCACAGCAUUCGCAACCCGCGUCUGUGUGUCUGUGCACGUGCGGUUUGCGAUUUGGUGCUUCUGCGCAUGUGCGAAGCACAAUUUAACGCUUCUGCGCAUGCUCAGCCACCGAAACCCAGAAGUAACCUGCUCCGAUACUUCCAGGUUUCAGCGGUCCGCAACCCCCCCAAAAAAACCGCAACCUGAAGCGGCUGUAACCCGAGGUAUGACCCUACUAGCAACACAUCUUGUAGAAUUCUACCCAUGAUAUUUUAUCUGCACAAUCAGAAUGCAUUUCAGGAGCCAAAAAGUCCUGUUUUGGAUUCACAGCUGUCCAUGGAGGCGCAGGUCAGUUUUGUGUCCAGGGCAGCCGUCUACCAGCUCCACCUGGUACACUCGCUGAUACCCAACCUGCCCGCAUACUGUCUCACCAGAGUGGUGCAGAUCUGGUUAUCUGCCACUUAAACUACUGCAAUGCUCUACAUAGGGCUACCUUUGAAGGUGACCCAGAAACUGCAACUAAUUCAGAAUGCGGCAGCUAGACUGGAGACCGGCAGUGGCCGCCGGGCCCAUGUAACACUGAUCCUAAAGGAUAUUCAUUGGCUCUCAGUACGUUUCCGAGCACAAUUCAAAGUGCUGGUGCUGACAUCAUUCAGCCCGGAUACCGAGGUCCAGCUCCAAGGGCCUUUUGGCGGUUCCCUCACCGCAAGAAGCAAAGUUACAGAGAACCAGGCAGAGGGCCUUCUCGGUAGUAGUGCCCUCCCUGUGGAACACCCUUCAGAUGUCAAGGAGAUAAACAACUACAGUGGAUGCUCUGGUUCACGUUCGCAACCUGCAGCGUUCGCAACCCGCAUCUGCGCAUUCGCGGGUUGCGACUCGGUGCUUCUGCACAUGCCCAAAGCACGAUUUAGCACUUUUGCGCAUGCGCGACUGCCAAAACCCAGAAGUAACCCAUUCCGGCACUUCUGGGUUUCGGCAGUCCAUAACCCGGAAAAACGCAACCUGAAGUGGCUGUAACCCGAGGUAUGACUGUAUACAACUUUUAGACGGUAUCUGAAGGCAGCCCUGUAUUGGGAAGUCUUUAAUGUUUAAUGCUUUAUUAUGUUUUAUAUAUUUUGUAAGCCACCCAGAGCGGCUGGGGAAACCCAGCCAGAUGGGUGGGGUAUAAAUAAUAAAAUUGUUGUUGUUGUUGAAAAAUAUGACAUGUAUCCGUCUGGGCCAAAAAUGGCAACUAGGCAUUCUGUUUUGGCGACUGCAAUCCUGGCUUAAGGAGCCAUUUGGUGCCUAGCUUACGUAUCUGAGUUUCUAGCACUCCUGCCAGCCACAAUGGCUGUGCUGUGCCUCCACAGACAGAGGCAGCAAUGCUUCUGAGUACCAGUUGCUGGAAACCGCAGGAGGGAGUGGACUCUUGUGUCUGAAUCCUGCUUGCAGGUUUCCCACAGGUGUCUGUUUGGCCACUGUGAGAACAGGAUGCUGGACUAGAUGGGCCAUUGGCCUGAUCCAGCAGGGUUUUUACGUUCUUUCUUGGGGAGGGGCAGCCCUGCCUUAAGGGAGAGCAUCCCUUUCAGCCAGCAGCAAUGCUGGCCAGAUGACGUUCCUCCCCAGACCAGGCAGCCUGCCUCCCAGGCGUCAUGGGAACCGUGUCUAGGGAGGUCUUGCAGCUGGAGAGCGGAAUCAAGACAGCCGCAGAGCGCUUCUUGCGGUGGGCCCAGGGUUUUUUUUGGGGGGGGGGAGGGAACAGAAGAUCAGGGAGAUCUACUCAUUAACUCCACUUGGCCACUGGCGCCCGUCCCUCUUGGCGGGCUGGGAUCUUGGCCACAGGGGCGGUCCUGAUGCUGAGUGUUCACAUUCCACGAGUGCGAGGGACAACCCCUUCCAGCUGCUUUGGGGGGAGCGGUUGUUGGCCAGCUACCCACCCACCCGCAAGCCUGUAGCAUCAGGACCAGAAGAGGCCUGAUUGACAGGGGGAAGGCAAGGCAUAAAGAGGCUUUUGUGAUGGGCUCCGGGGGCGGGCAGUGGCGAGGGUGUCGCAUGGCCUCGCUCCAGGAGGUAGGUGGUGGCCGUGGGGCUGGCGUGAUGCUGAGGAGGAAUGUGACAGGAAUGUCAGAAGUAGGGGAGUUGUCGUCGUCCGUCCCCCUUCAUCAACCCCGGACUGGAACCAGUCCCUGGGCAAGUGUGUGCUCAAGAGAUGGGGCUCUGUCGGCCUUUAACAGUAAGCACCUUGACCCCUGUGAGACUCUCCCCCACCCCCAAAAAAAUGUAUCAGAGCAACUUAGUAAGUUUCCUGUCCUCAUUGAGCCCUUGGACAGCAGACUGAGAAGGCACACAGGGGUCAGAGUAUGGCGACCUCACUCCAUUAGUUCUGCUGUGGCAGGCCUGCUCCAUCAGCUCUCCUUUCCUUUCUUUUUUUUUUAAAUAUAAAUUUUAUUAGUAUUUUCCACACAACGACAUAAUAAUAAAAUAAUAAUAAUAACAACAAUUUAUUAUUUGUACCCCGCCCAUCUGGCUGGGUUUCCCCAGCCGCUCUGGGCGGCUUCCACAAAGACCAAAAAUACACUAAGAUGUCACACAUUAAAAACUUCCCUGAACAGGGCUGCCUUAAGAUGUCUUCUGAAUGUCAGGUAGUUGUUUAUCUCUUUGACAUCUGAUGGGAGGGCGUUCCACAGGGCGGGCGCCACUACCGAGAAGGCCCUCUGUCUGGUUGCCUGUAGCUUUGCUACAUGAAAAAUAUCGAAAAAUAACAAUACACAAAAUACAAAAGCCGACAUUCAAAAAACAAACAAACAAACAAAAAUCCAUAUCUUACAAGUUAAUAAUAUAAACACAGAAAAACAAACAUUGACUUCCACCAAUCCCACAGUGCCUCCCUUACCUCUCAUUGUGUCUUCUUUCCUUGUCAUAUCUAUCCUAGCAUCCAGAUAUAAAUCCCUCUUUCUUAUCCUUUCACUUCAUAAGGUUAUUCCUUACUUACUUGGCAAGGGAGACACUUGAUCAUGAAGGUCUCCUCUCCUUUCAGCUGUCAUAAAAUCCUAGAGUUGGAAGGGACCUGUCUUUUGCCAUGCUUUCCCUAUAUGCAUGCAUUUCAGUGAUGUAGGCAGGCCAUUUCCUUUUGGGAAUGAAUGGAGCCCUGUCUGUAGGUGGUCUCUUCUGGUUGAAGGACUGUGCGGGGCAGUGGUUGCUGGGCAGCCGAAUCCUUCCCUCUCAUGCUGUGUGGAAUGACAGAAGUUGCUUGAGGUUCCUUUGAUCUUGCUCCAUCCGUGAGGCUGCAACACAAUGAAGCUUCUGCUGGGAUGCUGGCUUGAGCCUCUGGGGUUGUGUAAAAGGUGGAGGAAUGCAUGAUUUGGGGCUGAACUGGUGUGUAGGGGAAGAGACAGACCCCAGCCCUUAUAAAUUUGGCUUAUGGUGAGUCAGCAAAGUGUCAAGCCAACAUUUGCAACAAACCUGUGGGUUGUUGUUGUUUUAAGUGGUGAAUUUCAGGAAGCUCAACAACUCUGAGGGAAAGCUUUUCCAGAGGGAUUGCAGCGAAAGCAAUAGAGGGUUGCUGCGUCCAAUGUUAGCCCUACUCAGGGUAGACCCACUGAAAUGGCAGUAUAUGGCUACUGCUAUAUGGCUACAACUUCAUCAUCACCGUUGACCACGUUGACUAGGAAAAGGUCAGAGGGAAACAAAAUACCUUAUCUUCCGGGAAUUUGUCUAACCCACUUUUUGAAGCCGUUCAAGUUGGUGGCUGUCACUGUCUCCUGUGGGAGAGAGUUCCACAGAUUAACAAUGCAUGGUGUGACGAAGUCCUUUCUUUUAUCUGUUCUGUCUUUCCCAAUAUUCAGCUUUGUUGGACUUCCACGAAUUCUUGUUUUUAUGCAAAAAGGAGAAUUUUUUUCUUAAUCCACUUUCUCCGUAAUUUUAUACAUUUCUAUCGUGUCACCUCCUUCUUGCCUUUUCUAUAAGCCUAAAAAGUUCAAGUUCAGGGACUUCCGGGGUGGCGCCUCCGGAAAAUGGCGGAAUUCCCUUCGAACUGAAGGGAACCCGCUGCACGGAGGCUUGGGUCCUGCCGCUACGGCGCAGCGGGGGCCCUUAAAAACCACAGGCGGAAGAAGCCUGUGGACGUGGGACUCGGCGGGCACCGAGAGCGCUCUCUCCCUUGUACAGGAGCCCGGCAACGGGCUCCGGAGUGGGAGGUGCGUGGUGCUGUGAGUCGACUGCUUCCUCCGUGCAGCAAAGCCGCACUGCCGUUUUCGGAGAGCGCUGCCUUCUUCCUGGACAAUUUGGCAUCUAAAAUAUCGAUCCGUGAGUACCUGAUCUUGGAAGAGCUGAACUAAUUUUAAGAUUGGAGAAUAAAUAAAUAGUAUUGGAUUUGGACUUGAAAUUGAACUUAAUUGGGACUCGGAACGGAAAGGUCUAAACAGGAAGUCAUCCUUCCGUUCUUUUGUUAUCUGAAGAAAGCAAAGACAAAUUAUACUAAAGCUUGAAAAUUAAAUUUUGAGAGAACUAAAAUUCAACAUCUAAGAUUUCUGAACCCCCCUUUGACUGCAGGAGAAGAAGGGGGUGAUUUUGGCUUUUUUUAACCCUGCGGAAGUGAGUUUAAAAUAAAGUAAUUUUCCACCGCCCUGAACCAGGAGCGGGCUGUCAGAAUUGACGUUUUGAAGCUUAUCCAGCUCGACAGAUAGUUAAAAGAAGGGUAACAUUUUGACUCUACUGUUGCCCCUUAGGGGGAAUUCUGGAUAAAGUGUUUUUGGAAAAAGUAAGAUUGUUACAAAAGUAAAACUUGUUCCAUCUAGUGGAACUGAGUGAAAUUGCAAUGCAGAGAGUUUAAAAAGAAGAGCUAUUCUCGUGGGAAAGAAUUUUCUGUGACCUUGAAGGACAAUGCUUGUACAAAGGCUUGAACAAGUGUUCCUGGAAGGUUUUGCAAAAUUAAGUGCCCAGCUGGACCAGAUGCGUCAGGAGUCGACCUUGAUGAUGGAAGUUACCAGAGCACAGCAGCAAACAAAUGAAACUCAGUUAAAGUCUAUACAAGUAUAUGAACCUGCUGUAGCGAUGGAGGCUUCAGAGAUGGAGGGAUCAUUGGAUGGGCAAGAUCAGCCUUUGAACUUGAUAAAUGAACUUGGGGCAAAUCUGAUGGGCCAACAGAAGAUCGGAGUAGUUGAAGUCUCCAAGCUCUGUGGAAAAUGGAACUGGCACUAUCUGUUCUCUGGCUUGGGUAAUGGGUCUGGAAUGGACUUGCUGCAAAGAGUCAAAAGCAUCUUUCUGCUGGAGUCUCCACGACUGAAAGGGAAAUAUCAACAAGAGCGGCGAAAGGGGCAAGAAAGAGACUUGAGGGCCUCGGAUACGAGACAACCAGGUUAACGAGCUGGAUUAUUGAGGUUAAAAGGACUGACAAUCUCGGGUCCUGGGGAGGGGAGGUUGGAAGCUGACUGGACUGAAUUUGACUUAUUAUUUUUUCUUUUUUAUCCUUUAAUAUUGGGAAUGUUUAUAAAUGUUUGAAGGGUGUUGAAUGAAAUUAUAUGGCUUAAGUAAGGAUUGGUAAAUGAUUUGUAAAAAGGUAAUGAUGUAAGAAUUUGCUAAAUAUUGAAUAUUGAAUUAAAGUUCUUAUAUGACAAGAGGGAAAAUAGAAUAAGGAAAUGUAAUGAUAGAUUGUUAUGAAAAAAAAAAAAAAGACAGAAAGGAUUUGCUGUGAAAAUUAAAAACUAAGAAACAAGAGAGGGGAGGAGGAGGAAGUCUAGAAAGGAAGUUAAUGGAGAUCGUAAAGAACUACAUAUUUCUGUUUUUCUGUUUUUCUUUUUUUCUUUUUUGCGGCUGGGUUUUCUUUUCUUUUUCUUCAAUAUUUUUGUAUUACUUUUGUUAUUUUUGUAUUUUCAAUUUUUUUUGGAAAUUUUCGUUGUUAUCCUUUGAAAAUUUAAUAAAUAUCAAUUAUAAAAAAAAAUAAAAAUAAAAAGUUCAAGUUCAGGAAUGGGGCACAGAGGGGGCUUUAACUCUUUCCACCCACUGUGUUCUCACCAAAAAUCCCCCCCCCAGCUGCUAUUGGUCCCAGGAGGGGCAAUUUUUCUCAAGGCUGUGGUGUGGGAAGCAAAUAUUAACUGGGCUCCAAAGUCCUAAUUUUGUCAGUAGUGUUUCUAUUUUACAAUCCCUUUAAAAACCAUACAGAUGAUGCAUUUGAUGUGAUUUGCCAUUUGACCCUCAGCCCCUUUUGGGUAGUGUGCUCCCGUGUGAAACUGCCUUCUGCCAGCUCCCACCAAUUUACUGCAAGAGGAACACUGGUGAAGUGGUCCGGGCUUAUGGAGGGGGGAGUCAAAGACCCCUUACUAUUUCUGCAGCUGCAGCAUCCCAGCAGAGAUCUUGCCUCCAGCAUCUUAGAACCACCCAAUCAGCACAAAAGGGGAGUUUUCUAGCCACUAAGAAGCCGUCUCCUCCCCCUUUGUGCUGAUGGGAGCCAAUCAGAGCGAAAGGAGGUGAGCCAGCCAAUGAGGGUGGGCUCCUAUGGUCCUUCUGGAGGAGAGGCGUGGGAAGAACACCAAGGAGGUGUUUAGGAACCCUGAAAAACAAACCAGGGGCUUCUGUCUCAAGAGAAUGGCAUGCGAAUUCUGCUGCGUACAAUGGAACUUUGCAGAAAGCACCGCCUGGGUCACUCUUAAAGGUGACAUUGGAGCGCUCCAAAUCAUUUGCCCAUCUGCGUGCGCAGGGAAUAGUCGAUCUAGCUGAAAGGCAACGCAUCAAGAUCUGCAUUGACUGUUGCAAUGUUGUUGUUAUUAUCGAAUAAUUGUAAAAUAAUUGUAAAAUUGUAAAAUGGUUGUAUAAUCAAAGAAGGGGGAGUGGCUUUGUCUCUAGUGAAGGGACCCUGCAGUUCUGAAUUUGCCGCUAAAGUAAUGAUAAGGAAGCAGGUCUCUAGCCCACAAGCAAUGGCAAAAUCUGUGGUCCUCCAUAUAUUGUUAGACUCCCAAUACUCUCCAGUCCAACAUCCUGGGAUGAUGAGAGUUGAAGUCCAAUAACAUCAGUUGAGCAUGCCACAGGAUCCCUGUGCCUUAUUUACACACUUGCCCCACAGGCCUGUGAUGACUGUUGCCUCCAUCAGAGACAUGGCAGUGCAAUCCUUGCAAACUUACUUGUGUGCAAAUUGCACUUUGUCACUGUGUGGCUUAUUCCCAGGUAAGUGUCUCUAUGCGGGCAGCAACCAUUUUGCGUGAGGGUUCCGUUCCCGGCUCUUGAGCGUGUUGGCGGAGAGCAUCUAAGUGUCCCUGCCCCAUUCAGCUUCUGAUCUGCCUUCAUGCAUCGAUUGGACGUGCUUAAAAUAGAAUGGCAGGACGCGAGUGGCGCUGUGGGUUAAAGCACAGAGCCUAGGACUUGCCGAUCAGAAGGUCAGCGGUUCGAAUCCCCGUGACUGGAUGAGCUCCCGUUGUUCGGUCCCUGCUCCUGCCAACCUAGCAGUUCAAAAGGACAGCAAAGUGCAAGUAGAUAAAUAGGUAUCGCUCCGGCAGGAAGGUAAACGGCGUUUCUGUGCGCUGCUCUGGUUCGCCUGAAGCGGCUUAGUCCUGCUGGCCACAUGACCCGGAAGCUGUACGCCGGCUCCCUAAGCCAAUAAAGCAAGAUGAGCGCCGCAACCCCAGAGUCGACCUAAUGGUCAGGGGUCCCUUUACCUUUACUAAAACAGAAUGGCACCCUUAAUUUCCAGAAACCAUGGUGGUGGUGCUGAAUCCCGAAGAAUGCAGCAGUCCUAUCAACUCACACUUGUGAGAUUUUAAAAAAGGCAUCCCCUCCCACUGGAAGGGCAAAAUGGGAGUCGCUGGGACAUGUACCACCAAACUGGGACAGCUUAGGGAGGGGAAGGCUUCUAGCCAAGAUCUGCUUGCACGAUUGGAGGCAGUGAUGUUUCUGAAGGCCAGUUGCUGGAAACCACAAUGCUCUUGUAUGCAGGUCCUGCUUACAGGUUUCCCGCUGGUUGGUCCCUGUGAGAGCAGGAUGCUGGACUAGACGGGCCGUUGGCCUAAUCCAGCAGGCUCUUCUUGUGUUCUUAAGCCUUUGAUAAAUCAGAACCCCUUGGAGUGAUGCCUCGACACAUCGCGGACAUCAGGCCCUUGCUGUUCUGAGCCUGCUCGGCCGCCCCCAGCUCUUGACCUGCUGAAAGGUCUCCAUUUAGAUUAGAUCAGGGCUUGAAAGGUGACCUCCAGAUUCCAUGUGUUUUGGCAACCUCGGGAUCUCACAUUACCUGACCCUUUUGCCGGCUCUCCUGGAAAAGCUUGCAGCUGCCUGGAAUUCAGAGACUUAAAGUGUCUCAUAUAUGCGCGCCAGACGGAUGGAGAGAGUAGCAAUGCAAGGUCCUGUGAACCCCCCACAAGGCGAGUGAGUAUUUCCUUUCUCCAUCCUGCCAGUCAGGGAUUUAUGACUCUGGCACGGAAAAUUACAGACCUCUCAAGAGCAAGACUUGGCACCAGGUUUCUGGGGCUGGAGGGAAUUCCCCUUCCUGUUUGCUCUCUGGAAUGCUUAAUCGCCUCUCCAGGGCCCUUUUCCAGCCUUUUCAAGUUCUCGUUCUCUCCUCCCCUAUAUUAUGGGCGCACAGGCACACCCCCCCUUCCUUGCUCACACGGUGGAGAGGCAGUUCAGUUCAGUGCCAGCGGGGUGUUCAUCUGGCAACUUGCAGUGUUUUGGUUUCUUGGACCGAGUAAGGUGUCAAUCACGAACUGGGGAAAGUCUGGGCUGGGAAUAUUCCUGGGGUCACGAAGGCUUUGCACACUGGUUUUAACUGCAUGUUGUUGCUUUGGUGUUGUAGUCAUUAGGGGCUCAGUGGAAGGGUGCUGGCCUCCUCACCAUAGGUACCAACUCCUAGGGGCCGAGCUCCCUUCGCCCACCCCCCCAAAUUGAGGGGGCCGGGCAUUGCCAUUCAAAUGGUGAGAGUGCACCCCCGUCAUGUGAUCAGUUAUACAGGGCAGGACUUACCUGCCCCCUUCCCAAUAUUUUAUUCAGGUUGGUACCCCUGCCCUUCAUUGAGAUUCUAGCUCUUGCCUUGAAUUUUCUUUCGUUAGGGUGGGGGAACCAAAAGAGUAGGGGGAAGAUGAAAUGAUUGACUUGUAAGGGACCUUUGAGGUCAUCUGAACAGCCAAGGACAUAAGAGCCUAGCGCAGGGGUCAGCAAGGCUUACUGGCCAUGGGCCGGAUCACAACCACGGAGAUUGUCCAUGGGCCGGACCAGUGCAGUGCGAUGCCAGAAAUUGCUUCUGUGCAUGUCUGCGGUGCCAGAAACCACUUCUACGCAUGCCCAGAUGCCAAAAAUCGCUCCUGGGCAGAAGCGAUUUUUGGCAUCUGGGCAUGCGCAGAAGUGAUUUCUGGUAUCUGCACGUGUGUAGAUGUGGUUUCUGGCACCACUCGGUGAGUCCCUGUGCCGCACUGUGCCUGUUUAGCGGGUGGCUCAGUUUGGGGGUGGCUCGUGGGCCAGUAAAAUGGUCUUUGUGGACUGGAUCCGGUCCAUGGCCUAGCGGCUGGGUCAGGUCAACACCCCAUGUAGCCCGGCAUCCUGGAAUCAGGGGUAGACACAGUGCUGCUUGUUCGCGCAAGUGUUUUGCACCUUCCACCCAAUGGCAUCCUCGUCAGAAGGCAAGGAUGGUAAUGGUGAGGAACGAUCAAUGAUGCUCCUGUAGAUAAUCUCAUAGAAUCAUCGAGUUGUCCCAAAGAAACCAGAGUCCUUUCUGUUGGGGAUAAUUCAGACUGAAAUUCCCAGGUGUCAAAAAAGCUUAUUUAUGUAUGCCAUUACUACAGCCUGUGUUUUGUUAGCCCCCAAAUGGAAAACGAGCGAAGUCCCAACUACAGAAGAUUGGCAACUUAAGUUGACAGAAUAUGCGCAGCUUGCAGACUUAACAUAUAGAAUAAGAGAACAAGAAGAGCAUACGUUUAGAGAAGAUUGGAAAAAGUUCAUUGAAUAUAUGGGAAAUAAUUGUGUACGGCUGAAAACGCUGGCAGCAUUAAGAUAAAUUCAACAGUGUAAAUAAGUUUUGAUGGAUGCAAUAAUGGAAUACCAAAUGAUAUAGUUUCUGUAAAAUAUGCAGGGAUUUAUGGUAUGUAAAAUGAACCAUGGAAAGAGAAGAAGGGAAGUCAUUGAUAUCUUAAGGAUGUAAAAAUGAGUACUUUAAAUUGUAAAACAGAUAUAUAUGUCCAACCCCCUGCAAUACAGGAAUCUCAGCUAAGGCAUCCAUGAUAGAUGGCGAUGGAGCUGGGAUAGAAGGACUCAAGAGAUCCCUGGGGUACCUCGGACCUAUGUUGUUCAGGGCUUUGUCAAUUAAUACAAGGACCUUGUACCUGGCUUGGCUGUAAGUGGGCUCUAAUGGUGGUGCGGCAUGUUGUCACUCAGAUGCCCCCACCAGCAGUCUGGCCACCACAUUCUGCUGCAGCUGGAGCUUCUGGAAGCUUCCAGACCAGGCACAUAACACGAGGGCAAAGGCAUUUCUGCCUCCGCUGCUGUUCUUUGGCAACUGGUGAUCCAUCCUGUGUCUCUUGCCUCUUUUCAGGAAUUGGUGUUCUUACACUGUCACCCGGACGGUUUCCUGUCAUAUCCAGAAUGGCACCUACCUCCAGAGAGUGUUCCAGAGCUGCUGGUGGCCCACGACUUGCACGGGGGGCAGGUGAGGAAGCAUUGGACCAGCCUCCCACAUCCUUUCCAGCCUGUUUGCCUUCCCAUACACCCUGAAACAUGGAAACCGAGCUCUGCCUGCCUCCAUUUCCAAACGAGUGGGUCACGUUUGACGGGUCGGUGGGGCUUGACACCUGCCAGUCAUCCAGUGUCAUAUCUACAGCUGGUGGGUGGGGCUUGGCCAAAAUGGCCCCACAGGUCAAACUACGAGGUGCGGUGGGUCCGUUGAGGCCCACUGGCUGGUGGUUUCCUUGCUUUAAGGCCUCUGUUGCCAAUGCCAUUUAUUUAUUUAUCCUUACAUUUACUCUUUUUAUUUCAUAAAAUGUGCAUACAGUGGUACCUUGGUUCUCAAACUUAAUCCAUUCCAGAAGUCUGUUCCAAAACCAAAGCGUUCCAAAACCAAGGUGCGCUUUCCCACAGGAAGUAAUGCAAAACGGAUUAAUCCGUUCCAGACUUUUAAAAACAACAGCAGUUUAAGAUGAAUUUUACUAUCUAACGAGACCAUUGAUCCAUAAAAUGAAAGCAGUAAUUAAUUUACUGUACUAUAAAAUAAAUAAGACAGUAUUGUAGAUGAUAAAAAUUAAAAUUAACAUUUUUUUUCUUACCUGCACUGAUGAUAGUCAUUGUUUGGAUGGGGGGCUUUUAUCCAUUUCCGCAGUCACACAGUCAGUCAGAAUCAGUAGCUGAACUGGGUUCCACACAGUCACAAAAACAAAUUAACCCAAAAAGCCUCAGAAACAAAAGUGCAAAAUAAAUAGCAAAAACAAAAGCGCCAAACUUAAUCAGUUCUGGAAGUCCGUUUGACUUCCAAAAUGCUUGAAAACCAAGGCGCAGCUUCUGAUUGGUACAGGAUCCCCAGAAACAAUAGCCGACAGCCACAUCGGACGUUCGGCUUCUGAAAAAUGUUUGCAAACCGGAACACUUACUUUGGGGUUUUCAGCGUUUGGGAACCAAGGUGUUUGAGGACCAAGGCGUUUGAGAACCAAGGUACCACUGUACAGCUUGAUUGUAAAAGCAAACCUCUGAGCAGUUUACAAAAAGAAUAAAACAAUAAAACUGAAUACCUCCUUUCCCCCCAAGGGUCUCAAGGUGGCCUAGAGAAUCUUACCUUCCUGCAUUUUCUCCUCAUAUUAACCCUGCCGGCUAGGUUAGGCUGAUGGACAGUAACUGGCUCAAGGCUUACCUAUUGAAUGUAUCAUGGCUGCGAGGGGAUUUGAACCCUGGUCUCCUUGGCCCUUGGUCCUCCAAGCACCCACUCUGCUCUUCCCUCCACAGCCCCACACUUUAUUUUAGGAGUUGGGCCCCCACAGAAGCCCCAGGCUCUCUGCGCUUGUAGCUCCUGUUGCCUGAAGAAGCCAUUAUGUUUUUUGUCUCUCCUCAGCUAUAGAACGAUCGUCAGGCCAACGUACAAGCAGGCCUACAAGACGGUCACGGCUCUGGAGUGGAAAUGCUGUCCGGGACACACGGGUUCCAAUUGCGAGGCAGGUACGAGGCAGCCGGCUGGGGUGGGCGCAGAGAUAAGGCCCGGUUCAUAGAUUCAUACAGUUGUGGAGCUGAAAGGGACCUCGAGGGUCAUGCAACUUAUUGCAAUGCAAGUAUCACAUCUAUGGUUGUUGGCAUUGAUAUGACCGUUAUGUGAUUCUUGCUGCUUUGUACAGGUACGUAAGCAAAUAAACAGGUCCUCCAAGGGUCUGAAGCAGUGGGGAAGGGGAAAGUGAAGGAUGUGUGGGGCAAAGUUAUGCACCGCUGUCUAGUGCAGCCCCGUGAGAUGUAACUCAUUUGUCUUAUUUAUUUCGCAAAAUUUAUGUGCCACAUGAUUGAAAUGUAGCCUUAUGAGGCUUUGCCCUCAGGUGGAAAAAAGUAUUGCACCCGGGAGAGGGAGAGGGAGUCAACAGACACUCAAGGAAUAGUUUCGGAGAAAAAGCUUUAUUUCUACCAUCCAUGAACUGGUAGAAGGAGCAAGUGUGAUAGAUUCACAAAACAAGCACGAGUUCACAGUCAUUUGCACAGAGCAUAUAUUCCCCUUCCAGUUCCCUCUCCUUUCUCCUCCUCUUCAGGAGUCCUGCCCCAUGUAUUUCCUGAGCAUGAACAGGAGAAAACAGAGGAAAACUUUAGCUGUGGAUUUUUAGAAGACAAGAAAUGAAUUUUGGACAGUUUUGAGGCCUGGUUGGCGGGGGGGGGUGACUUCGGGCCUAAGUGGGGUCACCUGUCCUCACCUCCUUCAGUAAAGGGAAUUGUGAUUGUGGUUUGCAAGAAGUCGUCCCAAGGAGCUUGUGAGAAAGGUCCCACUUGCCUUCUGCCUUGCUUGGAUUUAGCUUGCGCAUUUUCAGCCUUGAAAGCGCGCAAGUUAAAUGCACAUAAGAUGUGACUGUGCUGUUCGGCAACAUACAGAAACCCACAACGUUUCAAUACUAUGAAUAUGGUAAGAUUGCAUUAACAAUGUCAAACUUCCUGGCAAUAGCCAAAAUACUAAGGUUGCUAUUCGGGUUCGCCUUGGUUCUAGAGACAGACACCCCUCCUCUGAUGUUGUUCAUGGUCCUCCUGCAGCAACUUGCAAAUCUUCCAGAAGGCUGAGUAGCAGUGUCCCAGGAACUGUGGUUUGCUGAGGGUGCUGUGAGAUGCUACCACAGAGCAGGUGGGACACGGGUGGCGCUAAACCACUGAGCCUCUUGGGCUUGCUGAUCAGAAGGUUGGCAGUUCAAAUCCUCGCGACGGGGUGAGCUCCCAUUGCUCUGUCCCAGCUCCUGCCAGCCUAGCAGUUCGAAAGCAGACCAGUGCAAGUAGAUAAAUGGGUACUGCUGUGACAGGAAGGUAAACGGCAUUUCCGUGCACUGUGGCUUCCGUCACUGUGUUCCGUUGCACCAGAAGCGGUUUAGUCCUGCUGGCCACAUGACCCAGAAAGCUGUCUGUGGACAAACGCUGGCUCCCUCGGCCUGAAAGCGAGAUGAGCACCGCAACCUCAUAGUUGCCUUUGACUGGACUUUACCAUCCAGGGGUCCUUUACCUUUUACCUUUUACCACAGAGCAGUACGAUUUAGAAUCCUCUCAGAGUGUUUGCUUAUUGAAGGCAUUUAUAAAUCGCUUAAUUAUUUUUAAAUUAAUGUUUCUGUGAUGCGGCAGGAGCUGGGUGAGGUGGUUCUGCCUGAGGUUUGUUCCUAGUUGACGACUCGUGUUGAUCUUGUGUCCGGGCUCCAAAUCCCAAAUGGCAGGGGGAAGUUCAAUGUCCGCUUGGUUUGGGUUGAAGGAAGCAAUGACUCAGGAUGACCCAGAACGGAGCUGACCGAUUCAUCCUGUCUCUUUCCCUCCCCUUGUCUUUGAAGCAAGGAAGGAUGUGAGCAAGGACCCAAGACUCCCAGAUGCUGAGAUGCUCUGGAGCAGGGGUCAGCAAUCUUUUUCAGCAGGGGGCUGGUCCACUGUCCCUCAGACCUUGUGGGGGGCCAGACUAUAUAUUUUUUUUGGGGGGGGGAGAAAUGAACGAAUUCCUAUUCCCCACAAAUAACCCAGAGAUGCAUUUUAAAUAAAAGCACACAUUCUACUCAUGUAAAAACACCAGGCAGGCCCCACAAAUAACCCAGAGAUGCAUUUUAAAUAAAUGGAUACAUUCUACUCAUGUAAAAACAUGCAGAUUCCCGGACCUUCCACGAGCCAGAUUUAGAAGGUGAUUGGGCCGUAUCCUGCCCAGGGCCUUAGUUUGCCUAUGCAUGCUCUGGAGGGCUGCACAUGGGCAAAGAAGAAAUGGAACAUCCCCAAGCGAAAAGCUGGGAGAGUGUGCUGGGAAAGCUGGGAAGCGAAACUUUAGUUGUCUAUUUAUAAAAACACAGGGAGACAGUAGAGUUGAAAAAGACCACAAGGGUCAUUUAGUCCAACCCCCUGCAAUGCAGGAAUCUUUUGCCCAGCGUGGGACUCGAACCCACAAUGCUGAGACUGAGAGUCUCAUGCUCUACUGGUUGACUUGAGCUUGCUUUUCUCCUCCUCCCCGCCCAGCCCUUUCUCUUUGUAUGCCCUGUCUUUUGUCUCAUGCUCUACCAACUGAGCUACCCCAGCUAUCUAGACGGGAUAUAUAAGACGACAAGAUAGGUAAAGGUAAAGGGACCUCUGACCAUUAGGUCCAGUCGUGGCCGACUCUGGGGUUGCAGCACUCAUCUCGCUUUAUUGGCCGAGGGAGCCGGCGUACAACUUCCAGGUCAUGUGGCCAGCAUGACUAAGCCGCUUCUGGCGAACCAGAGCAGCACACGGAAACACCGUUUACCUUCCCACCAGAGUGGUACCUAUUUAUCUACUUGCACUUCAUGUUUUUGAACUGCUAGGUUGGCAGGAGCAGGGACUGAGCAACGGGAGCUCACCCCGUCGCGGGGAUUCGAACCGCUGACCUUCUGAUCGGCAAGUCCUAGGCUCUGUGGUUUAACCCACAGCGCCACCCAACAACAAGGUAGAGGUGUCCAAAAUAAUGCACGGCAUGGAGAAAGUGGAUAGAGAAAAGCUUUUCUUUCUCAGUCAUAAUGCCUGAACUCGUGGACAUCAAAUGAAGUUGAAUGUUGGGAGAUUCAGGACAGUUAAAAAAGGAAGCACACCACACAGUGCAUGGUUAAAAUGUGGAACUCUCUGCCACAAGAGGCAGUGGCUCUAUUUAAAACUGGCUGCAGGACAUCACACCUGGAGGCAGCGGGGCUUGCAUUGGGCAUACAGGACAACCUGGUCUGUCUUGCAUUGCCUCUCCCAAGCAAAAGUGGCCAGAGGCAGCUUCCUCUCUCUGCCCCAUGGUAGAGCCGGCCCUGUGAAUGCCACUGAUUGUGGUGACAAGACGGAGGAGUGGUUUGUGGCUGGGAGGUAAGCUCCACUUAAACCACUCCACACACUUCCUGAGCCUUAGUGAAGGGUUGCGUAGCCCCCCCAAACCCAACUAUGCUUGACUGCGCAUGGAAAAGGGGACCAGUGUCGGUAACUCCAAACAGCAGGCUCAGAUCAUAACAGGUGGCAGGCAGCCAAGAUGUCAGAAGUGAUCCAUAAAAUAAAAGGACACCUGGUGCGAAAUCCCAUUAUUGUGAAAUCCUACCCGGUGGAUGGAUACUCCCUGUAUUGAGUUUGGCAGAGCAUAGUAGGAAAUGAGAGAGGUCUGUGGUGGAGGGGAGGCUGACUGGGGCUGGUGGGGGGAGAGGGGAGAAGAGGGAGAGAAAUAAGCUAACUUUGAAGGGAGGUACAUUGGCAAGAGAAGAAAACCCUUAAGAGAGAAUGCUCUGUUUUGCCAGGGAGAUUCAGGAUUAUAAUUUUGUUUUUUAAUUGGCUCUUGGUUUCAACAUAAUUUUUAUUUGGAUCCCCUUUUAUUUUAGUCAUUUUAAUAUUUAUUAAGCGCAAUUCCCUUCUUAAAGUUGACCUUCCAGGGAAAUUCAGCGUACUGUAGUUUAUUUGUGGCCAAGUUAAUUUCAGUUUCUGUAGCCUUGGUCUACUUCUGUGUGGUUAAACUCUGUUCGGCAAUGGUCGAAGGUGCAGAAACAACCAAAUAGGUCUGAGAUCUGCGGGUAAAAGGUGGUAUACAAAAUGAAUAAAUAAAAAUAAAUAAAAAAUAAAUACCCCUCGUUCAGGUCCUGGUGCCUGCAAGCUGUUGCCAUCAUCCUUGGCCAUUGGUUAUGUUGGCUGGAGCUGAUGGGAGUUUUUUUACUUUAUUUUUAAAAAUAGCUCUUAUUAAAGAUUUUCUUGUGUUAAAAAACAAACAAACAAACAAGGAAAAGUACAUAUAGCAUCUCCGUUUUUGAUUCGUAGGGUCAGUUUACAUUUGGUAUGAGACACUAUUGUCACAGACAUUGUGCAUUGGGGGGGGAGAUGGGAAAGAGAGAGGAACGGAGGGAGGGAAAUGGGAAUAGUGAUCUUUUGUUCUAUUGCAUAGUGUUUGUGCAGGGGUUUUUUGUGUGAGCAUCAUGUGAGUAGGUCCCUUAUUUUUAUAUUUAUUUAUUUUUAUUGGCAUUGUGAGAGAUUAGGGUGUCCAGAGCCUGGUUGGUUGCAGUGUGGUUUCACAGAAUCGUAGUGUUGGAAGGGACCAUGAGUGUCAUCUUAGUCCAACCCCCUGGCAAACCAGGAAUCUUUUGCCUGAUGUGGGAUUCGAAUCCAUGACUCUGAGGUUGAGAAUCUCAGGUUCUACCGACUAAGCCAGGGGUAUCCAAACUUUUUCCAAAGAGGGCCAGAUUUGUUGAAAUGAACAUGAGUGAGGGCCAACCAAAGUUGUUGACCUUUUUUACGAUUGAAAUUGCCACAGGGGCCAGAUUAGAACGACUGGCAGACCGGAUUAUGUCCCCGAAACGGACUUCGGACAUGCCUGGACUAAGCUAUCUGAGGAGCUGUCUUGUUUGUGUUUGGAGGUGGGUUGCCGAGUCAGAUGAGCUAUACUGGCUGAGUCGAAGACUCAGUAACGGCACAGAGAAAAGGAAGCUUUUAUUCACACAGCACAUCCUUAAACUUUGGAACUCUCUGCCACAGGAGGCAGUGACGCCCACCAACCUGGAUGCCUUUAAAAGAGGAUUAGACAAAUUCAUGGAGGAAAAGGAUAUUAAUGGCUGCAGGCGAUGACAGGCAAUCUUUUCCUCUGUUGCAACUUUUAAUUGUUCUCUGAGACGCGGAGGAAAAAAGGAAAAGAGGAAUCGAAAGCAGGACGGCUUCUGUAAUUCCGGGACUGCCCCUGGAAAAUAGGGACACUUGGAGAGUAUGGUGUAAACAAGACUGAUCUAAAUGGACCAAUGGUUCUGACUCGGUAGAAGGCACUCUGUUCCUGUACUCCAGUGACGGAGGUAAUUGAGUGCGUUUUAGGUAAGAGGUGCAGGGACCCCUCCUCUUCCUCUUUUGACAGGCCCUGCCUGCUUGAUCAGCGAUCUGUUUUCCUAGGCGUGUCGCUUGUCUUUCUGUGACGGCAUCCUUUCAUCUGAACCAACUGACAGGCUCCAUGGGAAAUCAUUCGCCCUUCCUGUUUGUUGAGUGUCCCUUGCUGGGUCAGCAGCAUGGCCGCCCUCCUCGAGAUCCCGUUGGCCCACCUCAUUUCCUUUGCUUGCUGUGGUCAUCUCAGCCCAUUUCAUGGCGAAAGCCGCACACAUUUUAAUAAAGCAUUCCGGGGACGAAGGGAAGAGGCAGCUCAAUUCAACUUACGCAGGAAGUAACAGCUGGCAGAUGCGGAUAUCGCUGAGAGGUCAUCUUCAAAUAUCUGAAGGGCUGUCACAUGGAAGAUGGAGCAAGCUUCUUUUCUGCUGCUCUGGAGGCUAGGGCCUGAAGCAAUGGGUUCAAAUGACAAGAAAGUUGAUCCUGGCUAAACAUUAGGAAGAACUUUCUGAUUGUGAGAGCUGUUUGACAGUGGAAAUUGAAAUACUUUAUUGUCACUUGUACAACUUGUAUACAGUGAGAUUACACAAGCACCCCCCACUCAGCUCUCUUAGUCUUAAUUCCCCUCGUUUACUGACGUACACCCACCAAACCUGAAAGUCAGUUGCCCUGUUGUUAUCUUUUCAUUCAGCAGCCUAACAGCCCACAGACAGAAGCUGUUCUUUACCCUGUUGGUGCGACUAAUCAUACUUCUAUAUCUUCUGCCCGAGGGCAGGAGAUCAAGAAAGUGCCAGCCAAGGUGUGAAUCAUCCCUGAGAAUUUUCCUCACUCUCCUGAGGCAACGUUCUUCUGCUAUUUAAUCCAGCGGAUUCACAGGACAGCCCAUAAUAUAUUGUCCUGUAUUCACCACCCUCUGUAGGCACUUCCUAUCAGUUGAUGUCAAACCAGCGUACCACACUAUGAUGCAGUAUGAAAGGACACUUUCUGUUGUGGACCGGUAGAAGAAGAUCAUCAAAUGUUGAUUGACAUUGUUCUUUUGCAAUACUCUGAGGAGAUGGAAUGGACAACCUUGGAAGCUGAUGGGCUCUCCUUUGUUGGAGGUUUCUAAAUGGAGGCCAGAAGGCCAUCUGUCAGGGAUUUCUUUAGCUGCGAUUGCAUAGGCUAAGCCAGAUGACUCUUGGGGUUACCUUCCAAGUCUUGAAUUCUUUGAUUCUGUUGUUUCAGUGAUUUCCCAUAAAGUACAAGUGUGGAAACUCUUUCAGCCUGAGGGGCUGUGUUCCUUUCUGGUCAACCUCCCAAGGGCCACAUGUCAGUGGUGUGUAGGGCCAGAGACAAAUGUUAGCAGAGCUGCUUAUGUGAGGCUUAUUCCACCUUUUUACCUUCUUGCCAGUCAAGCAAGAGACUUUGGAGUUUAAGGACACUUUCCAGCUAGGCCAAAGCACUGAGGCAGUGCUAGUGAGAGGUGUGGUCUGGGGAGAAAAGUGUGACAAGAGAGGGGGAUGGUAUGGGUAAGGUCCUGAGGGCCUGAAUGAGAGACUUGGGGGCCACAUUUGGACCCCCCCUGCAAUAAAGCAUGCCACAUUUCUCCCCACUCCUUAUUAUUACAAUUUGGCACCCCCUCUCCAAAAGCAGGUUAGAAAUCACCACGCUCCCAACAAACAGCUUUAACGCCACGACACGUAACUCUUACCUGGUCCUGGCAAGUCUUCUCCCUGGUUAUCUUGUCCCUGCAUUGAUUCCUUGGCAGCUAGCCUCUGUGAUCAUGAGGUCUGGAAACUUGAGUGUGAAAUGAGAACAGGGCUGAUAGUGAGAGGGAGUCAUGCAAGGAAAGGGUGACCUUUCGUAUAUUCCUUGCAUUUAGCUUGGGAGCUACUUGGAGGAGUCUAGUAGAAAAACAGGAUGCAGAUUUAUCAGCCAAACAAAUGUGUAAACAAAUAAUUAGAAGGGAGAGCUACCAGUUAAUUGUAGCUUAUCUAUCCAGGAACUAAACUUCCUUUUCAGUUUAGGGGGGAAAGAGAGGUAAGGGAGGGACAAAAUAGUGAUAUUUUAAAUAGUGCAUGGCUUGGAGUAAGCAGACAGAAAAAGCCCCCCACUUAAAAUACUAGGAAAGCAGCAUUCAAGGGAGCUGAAUAUUGGAAAAUUGAAGACAGACAAAAGGAAGAAUUUCUUCAUGCAGCAUAUAAUUAUGAUGAUAGAACUCACUCCCACGAGGGCUAGUGAUGGUCGCCAACUUGGGAGGCUUUAAAAGAGGAUUAGACAAAUUUAUGGCGGAAGAUAAGGCUAUGAGGAAGAUAAGGCUAUGUAAUGGCUGUACUCUGCCUCUCGGUCAGAGGCAGUAAUGCUUUUGAAUACCAGUUGCUGCAAAUCACAAGUGGGGAAACUGGCUGUAGUGCUUAGGUCCUGCUUAGGGGAACCCCAUUGGAACAUCUAGUGGCUCCUAAAAUUUCCCCCAUAAACUCAUCCCCAGUGCCCCUUACCCUACAAAAAGCAUUAUUCAGAAUAGCAGUUUGCACGACCCACUAAGGAAGAUAAUUGCAGAAUCAAAUUUAAAACAGUAACAAUUAGUUGAACAUUUUAACCCAAAUCCAAUUGAAACUGCAGCACAACCUCGGUUUUAGAACGUCUCAGCUGCCAAACGUUUCGGAAGCUGAACGCUGAAAACCUGAAAGUGAAUGCUUCCGUUUUCGAACGCACCUUGGAAGUCGAAUGGCUUCCACAGCGCGUUUUUCCAUUUUCACCAUUCAUUUUGACUACAGCCCCUUGAUUUUCAGUUUUUGAACGUUUCGGAAGUCAGACGGACCUCCGGAACAGAUUACGUUCGAAAACCGAGGUUCCACUGUAUUUAAUCACAGAAUCAUAGAAUCAUAGAAUCAUAGAGUUGGAAGAGACCACAAGGGCCAUCGAGUCCAACCCCCUGCCAAGCAGGAAACACCAUCAGAGCACUCCUGACAUAUUUAGUUUAAUUGAUGAACUUGAUCCAGUGAUACCAGUUUAAAAAACUGGUCUGAUGGUCAUUUACGCCCUGUCACCCCUUACCUCUUAGUGCCCCCCCCAGUAAUCCCCACCCCCACCCCUAGGAGCCUAGAGAUUUCUCACUGCCUCCUUUUUCUAUCUUGCCAGCUGCAUCACUUCAUGCCUGUGAUCUGCACAAACACCUGCCCUCCUUUCUCUUCCAUUCCCCUCCUUUCAAAGCAAAUAUUUACAUUGCCAAAUGCAUUCCGGUUCAGAUUAAGGGGAAAGGGGGGGGGGAAGGGGAGAUCGUGGUCCUCAGGGUGGUCUCAGAAUGAGCCAUCGAGAGAUCAGCGUGUUCCCUUAUUGGUUGGGACAGCUGAUGAUGCUCUGACCUGGUGUGACUUGAAAUCAGGAUGGGGUGAGUGGGUGGGGACAAGGCUGAUGACAUCCAUUUGGCCACCCAGAUGUGACAGCCUUGUGGAGACGACCUUGUCUCAGCGUGCCACCAAAUAAGUACUGUACUGGGAGGCUGAAGAAAGCUUCUCCUAUCUACCAGCAGAUAAUCAAACUAGCGGUUCAACUACUGUGGGAUCCAUUCUCACCCACAAGAGGCAGUAAAGAACAACAAACGUGAAUGGCUUUAACAGAAGAUUAGACAAAUUUGUGAAGGAUAAUUACUAUUGUUAUGUUCAUCCCCACCCUGCCUUUUUCCCUGACAGGGACUCAAGGCGGUUUACAGAUAAAAUAAGAACAGCUAAAAAUGGGCGGGGGGGUGUCAUUAAAAAUCAGUUAAACAUUAGUAGAAUUAAAACUAGCCAGCACACACACACACAGUGGUACCUUGGUUUACAAACUUAAUCCGUUCUGGAAGUCCGUUCUUAAACCAAAGCCAUUCUUAAACUGAGGCGUGCUUUCCCUAAUGAGGCCUCCUGCCACCGGUGCCCUUCCACCAUUCGGCUUCCAUUACAGGUGGCCCCCCAUUUAUGCAGCGGUUAUGUGAAAUUACAUAUAAUUGAAACCCAUUGAAAAACCCUUCAAAACCCCUGUUACGCCCUUUUGGUGGCAUUUCAGUGACAUCUUUAUGCAGAUAUUGAAGGUGCGUAAACAGGGGGUCGGUUGCCUGUACAAUAAAAAAAACUAUAGAAUAAGGCUGUCCACAGCUACUAACCCUUAUUGAUGUGUUCCAUACUAUCCACUGUUGGAGGCAGUAUGCUUAGGUCCUGCUUUUUCCUUUAUGCUAUGCCUUUAGCUCUUAAUUAUUCCAUAAGUUGCUUAGAGGCGGCCGCCACACUUUUGUAUUAAGCGACCAACAAGUGUUUAUUUUUAUUUAAAAAAAAUAGUAGCUAUGGACAGAAUGAAAAGAUCUCUGGUGACUUGACUCCCAAGACCCAUCUGAUCUGAUGCUUCAUUUCCAACUAUGGCUCUUCUCGAGGCAUGCAAAGCAGGUGCUCUUCCUCUGAGCUACGGCCCUUCCCCUUAAAAAAGGUUAAGUUUCUAGUCCUCAGCAUUGUAAAUAAAGGGUUGCAUUAAAUAGGAACAUAAGAAGCAGCCUUGUACCAAAUCAGACUAUGGGCCCAUCAGUGCUGUCUACACUGACUGGCAGUAGCUCUCCAGGGACAUUGCCAGUGAUACCUGGAGGUACCUGCGAUUCAAGUGGAGACCUUCUGCCUGCAAAGCAGAUGCUCUACCACAGAGUUACAACCUGUCUCCAUUGGCCAAUGUCGUUCAGUGCUAUCUGCACUGAUUGGCAGCAGCUCUGCCCCUAAGCAACAGCCCUUCUACUGUGGCGGGUGGCGCUGUGGUCUAAACCACUACACCCAUCGGGCUUGCCAAUCAAAAGUUUGGCAGUUCGAAUCCCUGCGACGGGGUGAGCUCCCGUUGUUCUGCCCCACCUCCUGCCUGCCUAGCAGUUUGAAAGCACGCCAGUGCAAGUAGAUAAAGAGGUACCACUGCUGCGGGAAGGUAAACGGCAUUUCUUGCGCUAUGGUUUCCAUCAUGGUGUCCCAUUGCACCAGAAGCGGUUUAGUCAUGCUGGCCACAUGACCUGGAAAGCUGUCUGUGGACAAACGCCGGCUCCCUCGGCCUGAAAGCGAGAUGAUCACCCCAUAGUUGCCUUUGACUGGACUUAACCGUCCAGGAGUCCUUUACCUUUUACCUUCCACUGUGUGAUCAGGGUUUGGGGGAAUUUCCAAAUUCCCUGGCCGGGCUAACUCCACGGAAACCACCCUAGGAAUUCUUUUCCUCCUGGGGAUCUCAAACGGCAAAAAGGCUUUGUUACCUAGCAGAGUUGGGGAUACAAGCUUGGCUCAAGAGAGAUGAACCAGACGGCAGUCUUGGGCAAUCUUGUCCCUUUCCCACCCCAUCCCAGCAUGGGAAGCCAGCCCUCCAGACCCGUGUAGGAGACAGACCUCCAUCUGGAGGAAGCCAACUGCAGUUCCAAGUGAUUCAGACAGCGGAUUUCCUCAGUGACUCCCCAUGCCAACAGGAACCUCAUUCAGAGAGCCAUACAGCUGCUGCCCUAACCCCACCUUCCCCAGAAUAAGCCCCACUGAAUCCAACAGGGCUUACUUCUGAGCAACUGUGGUUAGGAUUGCGCUGUAAACUGUCUCUGAUAGUGGCAUGCGACAGCCCUAUGGCUACAUCCACACUGUAUUUAUUUAUUUACUUAUGUUUCAUUUUUGUUUAUGAUUUUCAAUUUUAUACUUUUCAAUAAUUUAACCAUCGUUUUAACAUUUCAAAGUGCGACUUGUUCCCCCCCUUUCUGCACUUCCUUAAAUUAAUUUUUGUAUAUAUUUUCUGCAUAUUCCAAAUUAACUUAACUUAUUUAUUCAUCUGUUUUAAUAUAUAUCCUCUUAUAAAACUGCAGGUUAUUAAAAUAAUCCUGCCAAUGUUCUUAUCUGUUUACAGUUUGUUUGUUUUUUUGGUAAAUAUUUAAUAAACCAUUUCCAUGCUUUUAUAAAAAGUUUGCUAUCUUGAUUUCUUAUUUUUCCAGUAAGUUUUGCCAUUUCAGCAUAUUCUGCAAGUUUUUUGUAUCUGUUCGCUUGGACUUCUUCUUCUUUCCAUUUUUGGGCAAGUAACAUUCUUGCCGCCGUAGUUACAUACAUGAAUUAAUUUCUAUUCAGUUUGGGUAGUUCUGUUCCUAUAAUUCUGCCCACACGAUAUUUAAAGCACCAGGAUACCUCCUUAAACAGCUGUGGCUUCCCUCAAAGGAUUCUGGGAACUGUAGCAUGUUAAGGGUGCUGAGAGUUGAUCGGAGACUCCUGCUCCUCUAACAGAACCAUAGAUGUCAACUUUUCCCUUUUCUUGCGAGGAAUCCUAUACGGAAUAAGGGAAUUUCCCAUAAAAAAAGAGAAAUGUUGACAGCUAUGCACAGAACUACAAUUCCCAGAAUGGUUAAGCAGAGAUCUGGGAACUAUAGCUCUGGGGGAGGAACUUGUGGCCUCCAGACUAUUCCCACCGCCCUUAACAACAGCUCCCGGGUUUCUUUGGCAAAAGCCACAAUUGUUUAAAUGCAUGGUGGGAAUGUGGGAGGAACAGUGCCUAGCUUAGGGUCAAACGACUCAACGACAUGGUGUGUGUAUUUUUUAAGUGUGCUUAAGUUUGGGUGAGCUCCGAUCUGCCCUCGGGCUGAAAUAGGUUCCCUGCCACAAGCCUAAAGAAGAGAAGAGUUUGGAUUUGAUAUCCCGCUUUAUCACUACCCAAAGGAGUCUCAAAGUGGCUAACAUUCUCCUUUCCCUUCCUCCCCCACAACAAACACUCUGUGAGGUGAGUGAGGCUGAGAGACUUCAGAGAAGUGUGACUGGCCCAAGGUCACCCAGCAGCUGCAUGUAGAGGAGCGGAGAUGCGAACCCGGUUCACCAGAUUACGAGUCUACUGCUCUUAACCACUACACCACACUGGCUCUCAAUUCUAAACAAUUCUCCCCCAUCUUUUUCUUCCUUUUCAGAGACUGCUGGCUACCAGGAUCCUCAGGACGCUGCUCAUGGGGCUGCCCCUUUGCGCAGACUGCCAGCCCGGCCUGCAGCUUAUUCUGGUGAGGGUUGAGGACCUAAGACGAGCCCUGCAGAGUCAGGCCAAUGGCUCAGCAUCCUGUGCUCGUGGUGGCCGCCUCAAUGGGAAACCAUCAAGCAGCACCCAAGCCCUAGAGCAACCCUCUCCCCUCCUGUGGCUUUUAGCAACCGGUAUUCAGAAGCAUCGGGACGCGGGUGGCGCUGUGGGUUAAACCACAGAGCCUAGGGCUUGCCGAUCAGAAGGUCGGCGGUUCGAAUCCCUGCGACGGGGUGAGCUCCCGUUGCUCGGUCCCAGCUCCUGCCAACCUAGCAGUUCGAAAGCACGUCAAAGUGCAAGUAGAUCAAUAGGUACCGUUCCGGCGGGAAGGUAAACAGCGUUUCCAUGCGCUGGUGUGGUUCGCCAGAAGCGGCUUAGUCAUGCUGGCCACAUGACCCGGAAGCUGUACGCCGGCUUCCUUGGCCAAUAAAGCGAGCGCCGCAACCCCAGAGUCGGCCACGACUGGACCUAAUGGUUAGGGGUCCCUUUACCUUUAUUCAGAAGCAUCACUACCUCCUACCAUGGAGGCACAGCAUAGCCGUUGUGCCUAGUAGCCGCUGAGAGCUUUUUCCCCCAGGAGACCGUCCCUGAGGGUUUCUAAGCAGAGCGCCCUUGCCCUUGGGCUGGUGUAUGUUGUCCUACCCAAACUGCACCGUUGCUUUCCUCCCCUUUGCUCUUGGCAUUUUGGGCAGACAGCAGAAAUGGCAGAUCCUAGCACACAUUUGACUUGAGCUGAAGGCGGGGUGUACAUCGUUCUCCCCUUAUUCAAUCCCCACAACAACCCUGCGAGGAGGUUAGGCUGAGAGGCAGCGACUGGCCUAAGAGCCCACAGUGAGCUUCAUGGCCGAGUGGGUGAUUUGAACCCCGGUCUCCCAGCUCCUACCAGGGUGGCGCUGUGGGUUAAACCACAGAGCCUAGGGCUUGCCGAUCAGAAGGUCGGCGGUUUGAAUCCCUGCGACGGGGUGAGCUCCCAUUGCUCGGUCCCUGCUCCUGCCAACCUAGCAAUUCAAAAGCACGUCAAAGUGCAAGUAGAUAAAUAGGUACCACUCCAGCGGGAAGGUAAACGGCAUUUCUGUGCGCUGCUCUGGUUCGCCAGAAGCGGCUUAGUCAUGCUGGCCACAUGACCUGGAAGCUGUACGCCAGCUCCCUCAGCCAAUAAAGCGAUAUAAGCGCCGCAACCCCAGAGUCGUGCACGACUGGACCUAACAGUCAGGGGUCCCUUUACCCUUUACCUUUACCUCCUAGCUGCUAGUCCGACAGUCUAACCAUUACGCCGGCACUGGGUCUGUGUUGGGUAUAGAGCAUUUGAGAUCUCUUUCAUGGCUUUCAACUCUUAUUUGCUUGUUUGUUCCAAAGUCAUGCUUCAAAGCAGCCUCUGUGUGUGUCUCUCUGUGUGUGCGCAGUUCUGAUUCCCAUUAGUUGGAUAUCAGCGAUGAGUGAAAAAUCCUUCUCUUUCCACUCCCCUCCAAUAAGGACAGCAGGGAUAUUUGUCAUGGCUGUGGCACCUCACCAGGGAGCUAAUAGAAUUGGUUCUACAAUGCAAGGCACUAAUCUGCUCUGUGUGGGAAUUGGCUGAGCUGUCUUGGCAGAGUGCUGGCAGCCCUUUGCAGGCUGAGAAAUUCCUAGUUGUCCCUCUGGCACUGCUUUCGCAGUAGUGUGAAUUUGCCUUCCCCAACCUGGUACCCACUCAGACAUCAUCAUCAAUAAUUGUUAAUAAUCGUCUUCCACACAAUGGCCUCAAGGCAACGUGUGAAAGAAACAGCAGGAUUCAGCAGAAAGCACAAAAGAACAGCCUCUAUAUUUAAGGCAAAACUUAAACAAUACAAAAUAGACACUCGGCACAAAGACCCAUUUAUCCAGCUGGGAAAGCAUUAAUACAGUCGUACCCCGGAAGUCGAAUGCCUUGCGACUCAAAUGUUUUGGCUCCUGAACGCCACAAACCCGGAAGUGAAUGUUCUGGUUUGUGAACGUUCUUUGGAACCUGAACUUCCGACACGACAUCCGUGGUUUCUGAUUGGCUGCAGGAGCUUCCUGCAGUCAAUCGGAAGCCACGCCUUGGUUUCCGAACAUUUUGGAAGUCAGACUUCCGGAACGGAUUCCGUUUGACUUCCAAGGUACGACUGUAAUAAUAAUAAUAACAACAACAAUAAUGGUAAUAAUAAUAGUAGUAAUAAUAAAUUGUAUACUGUGCUAUACCCAUAGACCUCAGGGCUGUUCACAACAUAAAAUCACAACAUAAAAAACCACAAAUAAUACAUAAUAAAAACAGAAACAAAACGUCUUCAGUUGUUUCUGGAAAGCACAGGCAGUUGGUGCCGGUCAUAUCUCAACAGGGAGGCUACAGAAGCAGCCACACUUACAAGCCCUGGUCAGAGAUACUGUGCGUCAGGCUUCUGAGAUCUUUGGAACCAGCAGGAGAAAUUUUCUGCAGGGACCUAUUGGGUAUAGGGGAUAUAGCACAAAGUGCUACAACACCCACCGGUGCCUCCCAGCCCUAUCUGGAGAUGCUGGAGUUGAACUUGGGACCUUCUGCUUACAAACCCAGUUCCUGUACCUUCUGGAACAUAGGCAGCAGACCCAUUGGUCCAUCAAGCUCAGUGUUGCCCUACACUGACCGGCAGCGGCUUUCCAGGGUUUCAGGAAGGGGUCUCUCCCAUGUCUAGCUGGAGAUGUCUUUGGGGAAUGAGUCCAAGACUUUCUGGAUGCAAAAUACCUGUGCUAUGGCCCUUCCCCUUAAAAACAAGUUAAGAUUCCUUCUGCUGAAUAAAGGGUUGGAUUAAACAGGAGCAUAGGAAGCUGCCUUUUACCCAGUCAGACCAUUGGUCUAUCUAGCUUAGCAUAGGGUUAGCAGACGUCCCCGUUUCCUGGGGACAGUCCCCGGAUUUUUGAAUAAGUCCCCGGACAAAUUCCAUCCCCGGAAUGUCCCUGGAUUUCAUCUAAUGUCCCCUGGAAAUGCAGCAGCAGCAGUCUCAGCAGCCCGGAGCAGUUGACUCUGGCUGGCUUCAGGAGCUGCUCAGAAGUCCCCAUAUGAUAAUGGUGCAGCUUCCGGGCUGCCUCCACCUUCCCUGACCUUCAACUAAGCUGUGAAGGGAGGCUUCAUGCUGCCUAUUGGAGUAGCCUCCUAACUCCUACUUGCGUGCAAGCAGGAGUGGGGUGGGGAUCUCUCAGUUAGGCAAUGGGAAGCAUACCUUCCCAGCUGAGGGAUCACCGCCCCCUCCUGCUUGCAAGCAAGUAGGAAUGGGAUUGGGGCUGCUCCAAUGGGAAGGGAGGCAUCAGGCUGCCUGAGCCUCGCCGCUGCCGCUCUCGGCCCUCCUUCUCCACCUUCCAUGCCUGACCCACCGCGCUCCGCUUCCCCACCACCGAAGAACCAACAACCCAGGGACUGCCCAGGCUCAUGGAGAAAGGAGAUAGAAGCCUCGGAGGAAGGGGAAACGUGGUGGUUGAGGUCAAGGCAGCGGCUUGCCACCUCUGCCACCCUCUGCCACCACCAUUGCUGCAGCAUCAAGGUCCCGAACAUGUAUUUAUUUAUUUAAUAAUGAAAGUGUCCCUGGAUUCAUUGAAAAAAAUCUGGUAAUCUUGGGCCUUAUCAUUGCCUGCACUGACUGGCAGUGGCUUUCCAGGGUUUCAGAGAGAGGAUGUUUGCCGGUCUUACCUGGAGAUGCAGGGGUGUGUGAGAGUGGGGUGGCCACACCCACUGAUGGCAUGUGGUCCUUAGAGAAUUAACCAAGGGCGAAUGUGGCCUCCAGGCCAAUAAAUAAAUAAAUGUUAGCUGCCCAUUUUAACUUCUCCCUGUCUCACCUGAUUCCCCAGGUUGUUUAAACUGCAGCAAACUCUCAGAGCUGCUGGAGAGGGUCAACUUCUUAGAAGCAAAGGUCAGUCUCUUUCAAUAUAAUUUUAUAUACUCUUGAAGGGGCAGUGGGGUUGGGGGGGUGUCUCAGCUGGGCUGCUUUAUCUAAUACCUCUCCUCCACCUCUCCAGCCUUGUCAUUAUUUCAGUGUGGCAGGUUUGGAACUCCCUUCCUAUUGAUAUCAGACAGGCGCCUUCAUUGUAUUUUUUUCUCCUGGUGCCUGCUUAUUUUGUUUUUGUCUAGGCAAGCCUCUCCAGACAUGUGAAUGUUAAUGUUGUUUGCCGUUAAUUAUUUUUUCCAGAUGCUUUUCCUUGUUUUUAACUGUUUUUUAAUUGAUAAUUUUAAUAUUUCUUGUAAACCGCUGAGAGGUCUUAGUUCAAUCAAGUGGCAUGUAAACGUAAAAAAAAAAAAAAAGUUAUGCAAUUUCAUCAAAGACCAACAGCAUCAGAAGGGAGACAGCUCUGGAUGUGGGGGACACAGAGUGGAAUGAAAAGGAUGCCUUCUUGCCUCCCUGAUCACAUAUGGUAGCCAAUAUAGCUAGCAUACUGAUCUGAACACACACCCCUCACAUACUCAACCACCCAGCGGUCCCCCUCUCCUUGCCCCAACCACAAUCACGCCACUUCUGGACCUGUGCCUCCCUGCCUGUGCAUGUGUCAGGGGUGAAGACCUUUUCCCUGCUUUGCUGGAGAUGUUCCCCCUUGUCUUCAGGUAGCGACUCUCUCUGCGGCUGAAUCUGUGGACUCUCUGGUGCCCGGCAGACGACUUCCUCCUAAGGGAGGCGACUCUCCUGAUUCUGUGGCCCUGUGGGGCUCUCUGGCUGCUCAGGGGAGCCCUGGGGAUGAAAGUGCAAAAGGUAAGCAGGGAGGGAGGCAGUGGAUCUUCGUUGGUCAUCUGGGGUGUGGCAGGGUGGGCACAGGAGACGAGGCCUUUUCAGUGGUGGCCCCGCCUGUGAAUUCCUUGCCUGGUUAGCUCCCGCACUUCCUUCAUGCCUUGAGACUCUGGCAAGGAGUGGGAGCUUCCUCAUUAGGGCUGAUGGGGCAAUGCCCCAUGAACCUCAGUCUGGCCUCGGCUAGCUCUCACCUGCCUGCCUUCUUACAUACAAGCAGUCCAGGGGGUGGCCCUGCCUAGCGGCUUCCUCCCUGCCAGGGAAUGAGCCAGCACUAAAUCACACGGAGUAAACUCUUCAUUAGACGAAACAAGACCUGCUCCAGGGAGUGAAGCCUAAUCAGCACAGCAACUCUUCUGGGUAGGCAGUUGUGGAGGCUGAAGGUCCCUGCCUUCCCACAGUUGCCUAAAUCUCCUCCAUCCCCAGGUCCUUCCCAAGCAAUCUGAGACUAUGCCAACGUGCUUGUCUCUGCUCCUCCCUCAACAUACCUCUUCUGGUUCUGGGAGACCAGGGGGAAUGGGGAUUGUCAAAGCAGGAGGGGGAGACAAUAGCCUGAUUUGUCUCUGCCUCUUAGCUCCCCUGCCCUCCUGCUUCAACAUCUGCCUCUGAUUCUGGACUUCUCUCUGCCGUAGACUCUCCCAGCUCACUAAACCCUGUAACCUUUUUAGCUUCUGGCAGAUCCUCUUCCCAUUCUGCUCCCAUCCUCUGUGUCCAGCCAAUCUGUGAUGUACCUCCAGCUCAAUCUCAGUGGUUGCCCUGUAAAGGUAAAGGGACCCCUGACCAUUAGGUCCAGUCGUGGCUGACUCUGGGGUUGCGGCACUCAUCUCUUUAUUGGCCGAGGGAGCUGGCGUACAGCUUCUGGGUCAUGUGACCAGCAUGACUAAGCCGCUUCUGGCGAACCACGGCAGCGCACGGAAACGCCAUUUACCUUCCCGCCGGAGCGGUACCUAUUUAUCUACUUGCACUUUGACGUGCUUUCAAACUGCUAGGUUGGCAGGAGCUGGGACCGAGCAAUGGGAGCUCACCUCGUCAUGGGGAUUCGAACCGCUGACCUUCUGAUCAGCAAGUCCUAGGCUCUGUGGUUUAACCCACAGCGCCACCCACGUCCCUCUGGUCUAGUCCAAUAUAGAUAUAAUCUCCGUCGCCCCCUGCUGUUAGCCUCCCUUCUUUCCACUCUACCAGUCCCAUCAGGUACCAUUUUGGCGCCAGGUUAAGACGCUGCUGUCUGGACGUGCUAACAGAUGACAGUGUAGGUGUGCAUUUUGUGUGGGUGGCCAUCGAGAAGCCUCAGCUUCUUUGUUUGCCUUGUCUGUCCUUUUCUGGGACCUGAGUUUUGGGCUUGUUUUGAUGGUGGUUAGUCACACUGUUAGCAAAUGUUUUAAUAAAUAAAAGCAAGAUGGAGCAAGAAGCCAGUUUGCUCGGAGAGGAUGUGUAUGUGUGCACGGAGCCUAAACUCGAGGAAAGUCUGAGGAAGUAUCCUUUUACCCUUUGCUUCUUCUUCCCUGAAUGAUCUGAAGUGGAUCAGUUGAGGCCAGGUCCUUGCCUACAGGCCCUCACUAGUUCAAGGCAACUGUCCUUGACAUUUAACAAUGCCCGAAAAUGACCAUUUUCUUUCAAGAGGGGUGAGCAACCCAAUUGCCUGCUUGGCCUCAUUUCAUGUGUGUAGGAAGCAGGCAGGAAAGGGAUACAGGAGAAGAGAAGAGACGAGAGAGAAAAGGUAUUAAGUUGUGAGUGAUCAUAUCAGACGACACAGCGAUUCUUCAAACAGCUCUUGUUUAUUCACAGGCCAGAGCAGAACUGACCUGAAGGGUUCAGCUAGCCUGCUUAUAUAGAGCUCCACUACAACGCAACAGUAACCAUUUUCUGUAACUAUCCAAUCACUGAACAUCACUUUCAAUCCCUUAUUUGCAUAUGUGGACCUGAGUGAAAACUGUCUACAGUAUCCCCCUGCUGGCCCAGGGUGAAAACUUCAGUACAUAACAAAAGGGAGUGGGAAGAGAGAGAAGGAGACAAAGGGGUGUGGCAGAAAAGAGGAGAGAAAAAGGGGAGGCUGCCCAUUUUGACUCCAGCACUGCCAGGGGGAUGAAGCACUUCAAUAACGCACACCAAAAUUUCUGGGAUGCACUUCCAUCACUCCUGCAAAUUACUUGACAGUCUGGAGGUGACCAAAGUCUGGAGUCUACUUUGCCUCUGCAAAGACACCAUGCAUUGGCUUUUAGCAAAGGGGUCACAUGUUGCCUUUUCAAGCACGUGUUAUUUAUUUUAUUUUAUUUUAUUUUUAUUAAUAUUUAUUAAAGUUUCAGAAAGAAUAAAAUCACACUAAUAAACAAGAAAAUUUUAACAAAAACAAAAAAAAAUACACCAUGCAAAAUACAAAGUACAAAAUAGAAAAAAGUGAAAAAAGAAGAAAGAAAAAAAGAAAAAACAGUUAAAAAUAGUUCCGUCCUUUCAUAACCUCUUUUAAAUUUACUUGUUUCCUGGACUUCCUCAUACCUCCCUCUUUUGUAUUCCAAUUCAGUUUGUAAGCCCAGCAAUUUCUUUCCCUCCUUUUUAAUUCCAGUCCUAGAUCUUAAUAUAUUAUAACAUUAAAUUUUUAUCUAUUUGAACCAAUUUUUCCAUUUCUCUUAGUCUUUUUGGUCCUAAUCCUUAAUCUUAAUAUAUUUAUAGCUUUAAAACCUGUUCAGCUAGAAGCGACUUAACUUCAAUCCAACAUCACUCUAACAUUCAUUGAUUUUGCAAUGUUUCUGUAAAUAAUCUUUAAAUUUCUUCCAAUCUUCUUCCACCGACUCUUCUCCCUGGUCACGGAUUCUGCCAGUCAUUUCCGCCAAUUCCAUAUAGUCCAUCAUUUUCAUCUGCCAUUCCUCCAGUGUGGGUAGCUCUUGUGUCUUCCAAUACUUUGCGAUAAGUAUUCUUGCUGCUAUUGUAGCGUACAUAAAGAAAGUUCUGUCCUUCUUUAACACCGAUUGGUCGACUAUGCCCAGGAGAAAGGCCUCUGGUUUCUUCAAGAAGGUAUAUUUAAAUACCUUUUUUAAUUCAUUAUAAAUCAUCUCCCAGAAAAUCUUAAUCCUUGGGCACGUCCACCAAAGGUGAAAGAAUGUACCUUCAGUUUCUUUACAUUUCCAACAUUUAUUAUCGGGCAAAUGGUAGAUUUUUGCAAGCUUGACUGGGGUUAUGUACCACCUGUAUAUCAUUUUCAUAAUAUUCUCUCUUAGGGCAUUACAUGCCGUAAACUUCAUACCUGUGGUCCAUAACUGUUCCCAGUCAGCAAACAUAAUAUUAUGUCCAACAUCUUGUGCCCAUUUAAUCAUAGCAGAUUUCACCGUUUCAUCCUGAGUAUUCCAUUUCAGCAGCAAGUUAUACAUUCUUGACAAAUUCUUAGUUUUGGGUUCUAACAGUUCUGUUUCUAAUUUUGAUUUUUCCACCUGGAAGCCAAUUUUCUUGUCCAAAUUGUAUGCCUCCAUUAUCUGAUAAUAAUGAAGCCAGUCUCGCACUUUAUUUUUUAGUUUUUCAAAACUCUGCAGUUUCAAUCUAUCUUCAUCUUGUUCUAAAAUUUCCCAAUAUUUCGGCCAUUUGACCUCCAUAUUGAGCUUUUUCAAGGCUUUCGCUUCCAUCGGUGACAGCCACCUUGGGGUUUUAUUUUCCAAUAAGUCCUUAUAUCUUAUCCAAACAUUAAACAAAGCUUUUCUGACAAUAUGAUUUUUAAAUGCUUUAUGUGCUUUGACCUUAUCAUACCACAGAUAUGCAUGCCAUCCAAAUACAUUGUUAAAACCUUCUAGAUCCAAAAUGUCAGUGUUUUCAAGAAGCAGCCAUUCUUUCCAACCAGCAAAAGGCUGCUGAUUCAUAAUAAAGUUUAAGGUCUGGCAGGGCAAAUCCACCUCUUUCCUUUGCAUUUGUUAGUAUUUUAAAUUUUAUUCUGGGCUUCUUGCCCUGCCAGACAAAUCUAGAAAUAUCUCUCUGCCACCUCUUGAAACAGUCCAUUUUGUCCACAAUUUGCAAUGUUUGAAACAAAAACAACAUUCUAGGCAAUACAUUCAUUUUUACCGCAGCAAUACGGCCCAGCAGUGAAAGCUUCAAAUUUGACCAAAUUUCUAAAUCUUUUUUCACUUCAGCCCAACAUUUUUCAUAGUUAUCUUUAAAUAAAUUCCCAUUUUUUGCUGUCAUGUUAUUUUAUUUAUUGCAUUCAUAUUCCACCUUUUCCUCCGGGGAGCUCAAAAUGGUGUGCACAGUUCUCCCCUCUGUCCUCUCAAUUAAUCCCCACAACAACCCUGUGAGGUAGGUUGGGUUGAGAGGCAGGGGCUGACCCCCAAGGUCACCCUAGUGUGAGCUUCAUAGCCGAGUGGGGUUUUCAACCCUGGUCUCCUGGAUUCUAGGCUGACACUCUUAACCACUAAACGAUGCAUUAGAUUUUUAUUUUUAUUUUAAUAAUAAUAAUAAUUUAUUAUUUGUACCCCGCCCAUCUGGCUGGGUUUCCCCAGCCACUCUGGGCGGCUUCCACAAAGACCAAAAAUACACUAAUAUGUCAUACAUUAAAAACUUCCCUGAACAGGGCUGCCUUAAGAUGUCUUCUGAAUGUCAGGUAGUUGUUUAUCUCUUUGACAUCUGAUGGGAGGGCGUUCCACAGGGCGGGCGCCACUACUGAGAAGGCCCUCUGCCUGGUUCCCUGUAACCUUGCUUCUUGCAGGGAGGGAACUGCCAGAAGGCCCUCGGCACUGGACCUCAGUGUCCGGGCAGAACGAUGGGGGUGGAGACGCUCCUUCAGGUAUACUGGGCCGAGGCUGUUUAGGGCUUUAAAGGUCAACACCAACACUUUGAAUUGUGCUCGGAAACGUACUGGGAGCCAAUGUAGGUCUCUCAAGACCAGUGUUAUUUGGUCUCGGCGGCCGCCUCCAGUCACCAGUCUAGCUGCCACAUUCUGGAUUAGUUGUAGUUAGUCACCUUCAAAGGUAGCCCCACGCAGAGCACAUUGCAGUAGUCCAAGCGGGAGAUAACUAGAGCAUGCACCACUCUGGUGAGACAGUCUGCGGGCUGGUAGGGUCUCAGCCUGCGUACCAGGUGGAGCUGGUAGACAGCUGCCCUGGAUACAGAAUUGACCUGCGCCUCCAUGGACAGCUUUGAGUCCAAAAUGACUCCCAGACUGCGCACCUGGUCCUUCAGGGGCACAGUUACCCCAUUCAGGACCAGGGAGUCCUCCACACCAGCCUGUCCCCUGUCCCCCCAAAACAGUACUUUUUAAAUUAGGACAGCGUGGGGGAAGCUGAGAUUCUUUGAAAGCAGAAUUCUGCGUGGAUUUUCUGUGGAAUCGUAACUGACCUGCAGCAAUUCGGUUUGGGCUGGCUGGCAAAACUGGCUGAAGUUUUCACAAACUGGGUAGCAGCAUCCUAAGACUGGCCCUGCCUUCUCCAGGAUUGAAGCAGGGACAAUGGAGUUUUGCUUCUGAUUAUCAGCUCCAGCCUCUUCUCUUCCCUCUCCUCCUACCUACCACCCACCAUCUCCUUCCUCCCAAGUCCGCUGCCAGCAUUGCAUCGGGGCUGGUGAGAAGCACACCAGGCGAGGGGGCCAAAAUUGAAAGCAGCUGGCUGACGGGGACUGUCCUGGGGCCUGGCGAAGCUUCCUGGCUUUGGCUGGAGCUCUCUGCAGCUGGAAAGGUUUAGUGGUCCUUCCCUCGCUCUAACAGAACAUGUGUUUCUGGUUUGGGCGAAGAGAGGGGAGGAGAAGACGGGAAUAAUUAAUGAUGGAAUAUUUCUCUCCCCUCUUUGCACAAGUUGCAAAAGGACAAUGGGCAGAAAGGAUGGCGAGAUGUUCUUUCCUGGCAGGGACGUGCAAGGGCUUCCCUCGUCGCUUUGUCAUUCAUUACACCCAACAGGAAAGGUGUGCUGAACCCUGAACAUGAUGCGCCGUGAGCAACUGCUGUUGUUCCUUGGUUGCGGUUGCGGUUGCGGUUCUGCAGAGAAUGUCCCACAUUGACUUAUGCAGGGUUUUCGGUGCCUCAGAGAUGGGUCAUUGGCCUGAUUCAGCAGAGCUCUUCUUAGGGGACACGGGUGGCGCUGUGGUCUAAACCACUGAGCCUCUUGGGCUUGCCGAUCGGAAGGUUGGCGGUUUGAAUCCCCAUGACGGGGUGAGCUCCCGUUGCUCUGUCCCAGCUCCUGGCAACCUAGCAGUUCGAAAGCACGCCAGUGCAAGUAGAUAAAUAGGUACCGCUGCGGCGGGAAGAUAAACAUGAUGGGGGACCUCAGAGUCGCUUCAAGACGGUUGUGUGGCAAAGGGGUCCUUGUUCUAGCGCAGUUGUAACUUGUGGCGUUGCAGCCCUAAGAGGUAAAAAAAGGGUAAAGGACCCCAGGACGGUGAAGUCCAGUCAAAGGCAACUAUGGGGUUGCAGUGCUCAUCUCGCUUUUAGGUUGAGGCAUUUGUCCACUGACAGCUUUCCGGGUCAUGACUAAACCACUUCUGACGCAACGGAACACCGUGAUGGAAGCCAGAGAGCAUGGAAACACUAUUUAUCUUCCUGCCACAGGGGUACCUAUUUAUCUACUUGCACUGGCGUGCUUUCGAACUGCUAGGUUGGCAGGAGCUGGGAGAGAGCAACGGGAGCUCACCCUGUCGUGGGGAUUCAAACUGCCAACCUUCCAAUUGGCAAGCCCAAGAGGCUCAGUGCUUUAGACCACAGUGCCACCCGUGUCCCCUAAGAAGAGCUCUGCUGAAUCAGGCCAAUGACCCAUCUAGUCCUGUUCUCACAGUGGCCAACCAGAUGCCUGUAAUGGGAAACCCUCGAGGAAGACCCAAGCACAAGAGCACUUUCCCUAGGGUUUAAAAUCCUUGUGUCUCCUUGCAGCUGGUAGCAGGGUCACUUAAAUACCACAGAUGGAGAAUGAGAGAAAAGCAAUCCUGAUAACCAUUUACUGAGCAGAGAGCAGUGUAUGAUCUGAGGAUAAAGGAACAGGGCGGUUUCUUCUUACUUACGUCAGGCCUUGUACAUAGCAUUCCAAAGAUCCUGAAAGAAGGAAGACCAGGGACACUGUGUUGGGUGUACAUGUGUUACACUCUUAACAUAGCCUUGCUUGUAGCAGCUCCAGGUAAUGUAACGUCUUGCCCCCUCUGUAUUCAGCAGGUUCUCCAGGCCCCAGAGAGAGGCUGAGGACCACCAUACCUGGACGGGAUGGUAUGUACUCAAGCGACUUACAAUAUUUUAAGGGAAAAAGAAAAUGUACAAAUACAUUAAAAGCAGCAUUAAAAAUAAAUUAUGAAAGACACUUCUGUUUUUUAAAAAGCAAACAAACUACAUCGAAACAUCCCACCCAUGCAGAAAGGCCAAAGAUGGCUAAAAAAAAGAAUGUUUUUGCCUGGGACCAAAAGAUACGUAACUAGUGUCAGGCGAGUCUCCCUGGGGAGAGUGCUGCACAAGUUGGGGAACCACUUCUGGAAAAGGCCCAUUUUCAUUUUGAGGAGGGGCCGCUUGAAGAAGGGUCUUGGAUGACCAUUGAUAAAAAGAGACUGUGAAUUUCUGUGUGAAAUGUUCAUUUUACAUUCAUCUUUUCUUUUCCUGCUGUAAUCUGACGUCUUCAAGCAUUUCCCUUUACUUUCUCUUUCUCAAGGACUGAAAUUCUCACUGCAACACACUAUUCGCCGUGAAUCUCAAUCUCAACACAUCCCUUUUUAGCUAUGGCCGCUCCAUAUAUCUGAAGCACACAACUUCCCAGCAAGAGAAUCCUGGGAACUGUAGUUUCUCCCCACCACAGAGCUACAAUUCCCAGCACCCUUAACAAACUACAGUUCCCGAGCUUCUUUGGAGGAAGCUGUGUGCUUUCAUUGUAUGUUGUGAUCUUGUGAAUGUGCAUCUUCCUCGACUGUUACCCCCUUCCCUUUCCAAACCUUUUGUUUCAGGGAGGCUGGCCUUGCAGGGACCCCCAGGCCCUGUGGGUCCCAAAGGAGACAUUGGCAUCCGCGGCCCGUCAGGCGUACCUGGAGUCAAAGGCCCUGCUGGACCGCAAGGUAAGCCCCCGCUGCUCUACAGGUGCAACUCUACCUUCUCCUUGCAUGGAGGCAGCCCCAGAUUCAAUCCUCUGCAUUUCCAGCUAAAAACAACUUACCGUAUUUUUCACUCUAUAAGACGCACUUCCCCCCUCCUAAAAAGGAAGGGGAGAGUGUGUGCGUCUUAUGGAGCGAAUGCAGACUCCAUGGCUUUAGCGAAAGCAACGCGAAGCCUCCGGAGCGCAGCGGGAGGAUUUGGGCGGCUAUCCCUGAAGCCAGGAGAGCAAAAGGGGUCGGUGCACACCGAUCCCUCUUGCUCUCCUGGCUUCGCUUCGCUGGAGAGGCGCUGCGCAGCUUUCCCUCUCUGCGGGAGGAGAAAUGGAAGGGGCUCCGCUUCUCCUGCCGCUCCGCUGAAGGGGCCUUUGCACAGAGAGGGAGAUAAUUUUUUUUCCCUUGUUCUCCCCCUCUAAAACUAGGUGCAUCUUAUGGUCGGGUGCAUCUUAUAGAGCGAAAAAUGCGGUGGCUAGCAGCCUUGGGGGAGACCCCCCUCCCAAGUCUCCGGGACCUUUUUCUGCUGCUUUAAAUGAAUCAUUUCGAUAUAUAGUAAACGACAUUUCCGUGCACUGCUCUGGUUUGCCAGAAGCGGCUUAGUCAUGCUGGCCACAUGACCUGGAAGCUGUACGCUGGCUCCCUUGGCCAGUAAAGUGAGAUGAGCACCGCAACCCGAGUUGUCCGCGACUGGACCUAAUGGUCAGGGUCCCUUUACCUUUAAUGAUUUGUUUAAUCAUAUUCUUGAAGAAAGAAGAAAACUUUCUGAUGUUGCAAGUUGCUUUACGCUUGCCUUGCCUUGCAAAGAAAUGGCAAGACUAGGCCAGGGGCUCCCAGUUAGCUAAUACUUUUGAAAAUGUUGAUAUCUUUACACUAGUUUUUGUUAUGUAAAUGGUGGCACACAAACCCUGGGGUCCACAGAACACCAAUUACCGUAUUUUUCGCUUUAUAGGACUCACUUUUUCCCCUCCAAAAAUUGAGGGGAAAUGUGUGUGCGUCCUAUGGAGCGAAUGCAGGCUCCUUGGCUUCAGUGAUAGCAACGCUAAGCCGCCGAAGCGCAGAGGGAGCACUCCCUCCGUGUUCCAAAGGCUUCGCUUUACUUUCGCUGAAGCCUAGAGAGCAAGACGGGUCGGUGCGCACUGACCCCUCUCGCUCUUCAGGCUUUAGGGAUAGCCGCGCGCAGCCCCUCUGGCAGGGAGAGGCUGCACGUGGCUAUGGCUUCUUUAGCCCCGCACAGCUUCUCCCGGGAGGGAGAGGUUGCGUGGGGCUAAAGAGGAAGCCAAAACAGCCGGCAGGAUCCAUCCCGCUGGCUGCCUUGGCUUGUAACAUAGCCGCGCGCAACCCCUCCGGCAGGGAGAGGUUGUGCGCAUCCUGUACGCUGCUCUUUGGGGCUGGGGGGGAAAUAAGAUUAUUUUUCUUGAUUUCCCCCCCUAAAAACUGGGUGCGCCCUAUGGUCCAGUGCGCCCUAUGGAGCGAAAAAUACGGUAUACAUUAUUACAUUUAUAUACUGAAUUCUCCCUCCAAGGAGCUCAAGGUGGCCUACAUGAUUCUCCCCCUCCUCAUCUAAUCCUCACAACCCCCUCCAAAGUAGGCUAGGCUAGGCGACAGUUACUGGCCCAAGGUCACAUCCCACGGUGAGCUUCACGUGCCUCAGUGGGGUUGUGAACUCUGCUCACUCCCACAUUGUACUCUCAUGCUCUACCCACUGCACCACACUGUCUCAUUCCAGUGACUUGGUGGUGUGUGCCAUGGGCUCCUUUGCAGGACAGAUGUUUGUACAUGUGCCUUCUUUCUCUCUCCCAAUCUAAAACCUCUUUUUUGGGGGGGCACGAGAGUGAAGCGUGUCUCCCAUGUUAAAUCGGGGAGGGUAUGGUUUGGAAGUUUGCCUCCAUGAUCAGAAAUCUGAGGAAAACACAGUCAUUGUAGGAUAUCUUGAAGUGUCUCGUAGUGGUUUUUUUUGUGGGGGGGGGAUUUGCUGGGGUGGAAGCACCCUCCCCCGGCAAGCAAGGCUGGGGAUCUGAGCUCACGUGGAGCUGUGGUCGUACUUGGCCGUCUCUCUGGGUCUGCUUAAUGUUUAUUGGGUUUGGAAAGCUUCCCAGAGAAAGUUGCCUCUGGCCGUUUGGAGUUAAAACAUUAACCAGCCAGCCCAACCCCACACAGACCCCAUUCACCACCUUCUUUCCCCCACCCCACUCCUAGGCCUAGCUUUCCUCUCUUGUAAAUCCCACUUCUUUGUUCUGGACCUCCCUGAGCUAAUUUCUUUUUAGGGGGGGAGCAGGGAGUGAGUGGGAAGGGGUUGCCUUUGCCAAAUCCGAUCUCCCCCUUCGCUUCCUCCGCUCCCGUCUCUGCACGCUCCUGGUCUUCAGCUGCAAGCCGCUUGGAGCCAAAAACCUGCCUCUGAACCCCUUAGCGAUGGGAUGGGGGAGCCUGUGGCACCACGGAUAUUGUCAAACUCCAGCUCCCAUCGUCUGGACGUGCUUGCUGGGGCGGAGAAGAACUGGAGUUUCAUCUGAAGGGCCACAGGUUCCCCAUUUGCUCCUUAUAACAAGAAGAUCACCUCCAAUCAGGAGACGGGAGUGGUGUCACCUUUUUUCAGAUGCCAGCUAUGUAUUUAGUUCCCAUGGCAACAUAUUGUCCAAGCUUACAUAGCAAACAGGAGUUCUCAAUAAAGCUGGCUAAGGCCUAUUGACUUAGCGAAAGGAAUUGGGUUGACAAUUUAUUUAUUUAUUUAAUAACUUUAUUUAGAAUUCAACAAUAACAAAGGAAAAAACCACAGUAACUACUACAUCAGUUCAUUACAAUUAACCAAUUUUAACAAUAUAUAAAUAGUAAAAGAAAAAUUACACAACAUCACUUUUAACUUGCUGAAGUUUACAUAUUACACAUUUAUAUCUUUAUCUCUUUCUUAACUUUGUUACUUACGUCAAAUCAAAAAGAAAAAGACCAAGAAAGGAGGCACAAAAAAGAAAAGCAAAGAGGAAGAAGAAGGGGGGGAGGGGGUAAAGGAAGAAAGGAAAAAAGAAAAAGAAAACAAAACAAACACAUUUGACUUCCAAUUAGACUCAUUGUAUUAUUAUUUCUACUAUUUUUUCACACACAGUUCCAGAUUAUUGUAUUUCUUUCUUUGUUUUCGUCAGAUAUCGAAAAACAUUAUAUUUGUUGUUUUACAAGGAUCAUUCUAUUUCUGCCAGGAGGUAUUUGUUACGGGGUUGACAGUUUUAGCAGCCGCCCUCUUCUGCAGACCCCAGUCUUACAGCUGCAGAAUCCCACGGUUGCAGCGGAUCCCCAGAGGACAUCCAUGCCAACCCCAAUCCUCAUUAACAACAUAACGAUGAUGUGGAGUUUGCCACAUGAAGCAGAGCCUUCUCAGUGGUGGCGCCCUGGUUAAGGCAUUUCCCCUUUAUUGAAACCGGACUGUCUGCCCACGUUCUUUUCAUUCAAGAUUUCCCACAGGCCUUUGCAGCAUUAUACGUAAUUUGUGUUUGUAUCAUUUACUGCUGACCUGUCUCUGAUUUUACUUGGGAGCUGGCUGCAGUGCUAGUCCUAAUCAGAGUAAGCCCAUUGGAGUUAAUGGAUACCACCAGCUUAGGUUCAUGCACGCAUUUCAGUGGGUCUAUACAACCCUUUGUUUAGGGGCAUCAAAAGAAAGGGCAUCAUAUGGGAAAUGUCACAAUAAUUUAUCAUCAUCAUAAUUGAUAACGAUAGAUGUGGUGAUAAGUUAAAUCAAGCAGGCCGAAUUGUGUCCAGUUGCUGAUUCAGGAGUAGCAACACAAGAGGCGAAACUUGUUUUCAUUUUUAAAUGAAAGCUGAGGUUUUCCAGAAGCCAGAUUUGGUGCUGCCCUCGUGGUCGUACGCAGUUCUGGCAACCACGCCAAUCCCUGCUUGUACGGCUCACAUUCUGCUGUUCCUCAUGCUCAGCAUGAGAGCCAGUGUGGCAUAAUAGUGUCGGACUCGAAUCUGUGAGAGACCAGGGUUCGAAUCCCCGCUCUGCUCUGAAACUCACUGGGUGGUGUGACCUGGGACAGCCCACCGUCUCCCAGCCUGACCUACCUCACAGGGUUGUUGUGAGGGCGAAAUGGGAAGAAUGGGGAGCCAUGUGCACCACCCUUGGGCUCCUUGACAGAAAAAAGUAGCGUAUAAAUGUGAUAAAUAACUUUAAAAGUGGCAUCCUUAGCUUUUGCCCACAGGUGCUGGAAGAAACCCAGCUUUCCUGGCUCAGCUCUCAGUGCUCACCAUUGUUUUGUUUUGUUUUGUUUUCCCCUCCCACCAUUUCAUCCAGGGCCUCCGGGGCCUCCUGGUCCCCCCGGGCGGGACGGCGCAAGAGGUUUCCCCGGGGAGAAGGGCCUCCCGGGACCCCCUGGACCACCAGGUCCACCAGCCCCUGGGGGACCAAAGAUAUCGCCCAUUCCGGAUCAAAGUGAGUAACUUCCCAGGCAAGGGAAGUGUCUUGGCCACAGGGGUAGGGAACCUCACUGAGAGCCGGAUACGGCCCUCCCGGCCUCACUAUCUGGCCCUUGGAACUCUCCUCAGGCCACGCCCCCUUGGCAGCCCUGCUUCUCACCCUCUCUAGAGUGCUUUGCCCUGAGUGGAAUGUCUCCUUGAACUCAGAUCUUACUUCCCUGGAUGAAGGACUAAGAGGGCUGUGGCAGUGUAGAAGCUUGCCUACUGUACAAAGGUUAUUUUUUUUUUACAUUCGUUGCCCCGCCCACUUUUGCCUCUGGCCCCGCCCACCACUGGCGUGUGGCCCUUGAGAGGUUGCCUGGAAGGGAAUGCGGCCUUCGAGCUGAGAAAGGUCCCCUUCAUUAGCUGCUCAUUUCCUGGUCUGUUUUUGUGAGGUGAAAGAUGCUUAAAUCUCUCAGUCCAGGAUGGUUUUGCCCAUUCGCUCUCCCCUUGAUCUGUCUACUGCAGUCUCCUGUUCGAACUGCUGUUUUCUUUUACGGCAGCCUUGGCCACACUGGCACCGUCCAGAUGUUUGGGACUAUAUCUCCCAUCAGCCCCAGCUAAAUCUUUGUUUAGAAAAUGCCUUUGGGGCUCUUCAGUUCCAAGAAAUAUCUCUGCAAAAAUGCAGAUACGGAUAAAAGACGGAGGAUUUGGGAUCCCAGACUUACAAUUGUAUCACUAAGCAUAUUUACUGUCAGGUACACAAUUCUGGAGACCCAUAACUGAAAACAACUGUCCAAAUUGGGCUACUUUGGAGUAUUCCUAUGUAGCACCUUUAGAAAGAUGGGCAGCACUUGGGUUCGUAAUACAUUAAUGUUCAAGAUGCUAUUGAAACAAUAACAUCAGUUCGAACAAUGUGACACCACAUGUCCAAAAAAAUAUAAAUUUGACCUUUUCUCCCACGACAAAAUGACUUUGUGGGGAAACCCGUCUUUAAAAAUCAGGAAAGAAAUGGUCGUAUGGAAGAGGUGGAUGAGUUUCGGUAUACAGUGGUACCUUGGUUUAAGCACAGCUUAGUUUAGGAACAACUAAACACUCAAACUCAGAAGUAGGUAUUUUGGUUUGUGAACUUUGCCUUGGAAUAAGAACAUGUUCCGCUUCCUGUGUGUUCCAUUUGUAAAUUGAGUCCCCUGCUGCUAUGGGAAAGCACGCCUCAGUUUAAGAACACUUUGGUUUAAGAAAAGACUUCCGGAACAGAUUACUGUAAGUUCGUAAACCAAGGUACCACUGUAUAGACCAGCUGAUAAACUAAGAGGAUGAAUUUUAUACAUAUUCCGUCUUAAGAGUCUAAUACAGAUUACCUACAAAUGCUCAAUGGCAAUAUCUCCAGAUAAAACACUUGCUAACCACCAUCUAUGGACCAGCAGCUUUUACAGCCCCAGAUACCCCCAGAGAUAUUGAAGCAGUUGAUUAGUUCUUACGCAACAGCAACAAAAAACGGCCAUCAGCAUAUAUAAAUCUUUGUUACUAGCUAACCAAUUUGAUAUACAGGUACUAAGGGAGGAUUGGAAUAAAGAAUUAAGAGACCGCAUCUGGAGGGUGCCAAUUUACCAAGGCUGUUUCAUGGGGGGUGGUUUGACUGCCUAUUAUAAUGGCGGAUGUUUUAUAUUUUGAGGGAUUUUAAAACUGCGCGAACUGCUCAGAGGCUCAUUUUGGCAUUAACCGGUAUAGAAACCAAUACUUUGAAUAACCAGCCUGGUUUCCAAAGGAAAGACACCCAUUCCCUGAUCUUUCUCUGCUUGUGUGAUUUCAGGGGACCCACUUCUGUCAAACACCUUCAUUGAAACGGGGGUCACUGGGCCAGCUGGGCCGCCUGGCCUUCCGGGACCUAUGGGUAAGUCUCUUUUUGGCCCUGUAUCUUCGCCCAGGGAUGGGGGAAUGACGGGCAGCAGCUCUGUGGGGUUUCAGGCGGCAUUGUCUGCCAGCCCUACCUGGAAACUCCUUUGGGGAUUGAACCUGGGACUUUAUUUUUAUUUUUUUAAUAAAAUUUUAUUAGAUUUUACAUUUCCCCCCAGUCAUAUUACAACAUAUCAAAUCAUCAAAUAGAAACAAUACAUUCCCCAAAAUUCCCCCUCCCUGCCGGCUUUCCUCAACUUCCUCUUCUGGUUUUGAACAUAUUGGCUUCCCCUGCUUGCUACAUUAUAUCACAUCUACAUUUUCUAUAUUAAUUGUUAUCAUCUCUUAUCAUUUUAACAUCACCUUUCUAGUUUUUUGUACUUAUUUUUGUUGCUUGUAGGUGUUUACUCAAACCCUGCUAGUGAGUCUGUUUCUUUACAUUGUUUCUGUAGAUACAACAUAAAUGGUUCCCAAUCUUUUAAAAAAUCUCUAUUGUCUUUAUCUCUGACUCUUUCUGUUAGUUUCGCCAUCCCAUCAGUUUUUGAAGCCAUUCUUCUCUAGUUGGUAUUUCUUCGCUUUUCCAUCUUUGGGCUAGUAAUAUCCUAGCCGCCGUCGUAGCAUACAUAAAGAGUUUCUUCUUUUCUCUUGGCAGUUCUUGACCUGUAAUGCCAAGCUUCAGGUUUUUAAAUAAAAGUUAGUUUGAACAUUUUCGAACCUGGGACUUUAGAUGCUCGGAGUUAUGGCCCUUCCUACAGAAACAGCAAAAUGUGAAGCUUCCUCAGGCAGACAAACAGGCAGACCAUUGUUCCAUCUACUGUAUUUUUCGCUCUAUAGGACGCACCCGACCAUAGGACGCACCUUGUUUUAGAGGGGGAGAACAAGAAAAAAAAAUUCUCCCCCUCUCUGCUCAGCGCCCCUUCAGCGAAGUGGCAGGAGAAAUGGAGCCCCUUCCAUUUCUCCUCCCGCUUGGCUGAAGGGGCGCUGCGCAGCUCUCCCUCUCUGCUGAAGCCAGGAGAGUCUUGCUCUCCUUUUUUAAAAAAAUAAAUAUUUUUUAUUAGAUUUUCCAUAAAAAAAAACAUUUUUACAAAAUUAUACAUCCAUUUUUAACUUAAACCCUUUUUUCCAGAACUUCCCUCAGCUUGUCUGAUAAUUUUCCAUUUAUUUUUUAUCCUCGUCUCACAUUUCCCAAUACUAUAUUGCACUCAAAUACUCUUAAUCACAUCAUAUUUUUAAACAAUAUUUCUAACAGUAAUUUCACAGAGCUUCUUGAAAGCUAAUGAACGUUAUUUGCUCAUUACAGAAAUUUUUGAUAUACUCUGUAAAUUUCUUCCAGUCCUCAGAGAAUCUCUGGUCACGUUGGUUCCUAAUUCUCCCCGUCAAUCUGUCCAUUUCUGCGUAUUCCAUCAGUUUCAUCCUCCAUUCUUCUUUCGUGGGCACCUCUUCCUGUUUCCAUUUCUGUGCCAGCAAAAUUCUGGCUGCUGUUACUUCAUACAAAACUAAUUUCACAUCUUUUUUACUAAUUUCAUUAUCCAGUAUUCCCAACAAGAGAGCUUCUGGUUUUUUAACAAAAGUAUAUUUCAGCAUUUUCUUUAACUCAUUAUAGAUCAUCCCCCAGAAGCUUUUUACCUUCUUACAUUCCCACCACAUAUGGUAAAAUGUUCCUUCUGUCUCCUUACACUUCCAACAUUUAUUACACACUUUAUACAUUUUACCCAGUUUUACUGGGAGAGUCUUGCUCUCCUGGCUUCAGCGAAAGGAACCUGAAGCCUGCAGAGCGCAGCGGGAACUCGUGCUGCGCUCUGAAGGCUUCAGGCGGCUAUCCCUGAAGCCUGGAGAGCGAGAGUGGUCGGUGCGCACUGACCCCUCUCACUCUCCAAGCUUCAGCGAAAGCAACACAAAGCCUCCGGAGCGUGGAGGGAGCGCUUCCUCUGCGCUUCGGAGGCUUUGCGCUGCUAUCGCUGAAGCCAAGGAGCCUGCAUUCGCUCCAUAGGAAGCACACACAUUUCCCCUUAAUUUUUGGAGGGGAAAAGGUGCGUCCUAUAGAGCGAAAAAUACGGUAACUCAAUAUUGUCCACAUGGACCGGCAGCAACUCUCCAGGGUCUCAGGCAGAGGACAUUCCCAGCUGUACCUGGGGAGAUGCCAUCAGGGGCUGAAUCUGGGACCUUCUGCCUGCAAGGCGGAUAGAUGCCCUACCUCCACGUUCGGCCCUUCUCCAAAGGGAGUCUAGGAAGAGACAGGAGAACCACAGGAGAUAUUCCAGAUGGUGAAGCUAUGCAGAUACCUGUCAAAAGCCGGGUCCGCGAAAUGUGGCCAUUCCACCCUGAACGCUUGAAGUGCCUCUCCCCAUAGUAUCUGACUGCUGAAAUGAAAUGUGUGGCUUGCUGACGACCCAGAGACCAUGUUAGCUGCGUGGACUCAAUCUGUCCUCUGAAUGUUUUGGACUCCCACCCAGCCGCAGCCGGUCUUUGCAGACCUGCCAUUCCCAACCAGCACAACAGCUUUCUCGUGCUUUUUUCAGCCUUUUCUGUGAGUGUCCUGGUAGGAAACAAUACAACAUGUUGCCAUCCAUGGCUGAUGGGUCAAACGACUUUAGGAAGGAUUUGAUAGCUGGAGUUCUAUUGGCCUCUGGUGGCAGGUUUGAUUAUUGCACUUUCCGUUCUAGGAAAGUGGUUGGAAGUGUUUUCUGACCGUGGUAGGAAUUGUUUUCCUCCGCCUAGACUAGAGCACGAGUCUGCUAGGCCCAGCUGGGAAAGGGAGUCACACAGUAUUGUUGUAAACAAAAAUUGCCCUUUUCCCUUGUGGGGUAUCCAAGAGCCCAUAUAGAGUCCUUACGUGGGUUCCCUAUUGGUAGGAGAAAAUAACAGAGGCCAACCAGAGAAUACUGAGAAGCAAAGCAGCUAGUAAGCUUGAUCUUUAUUGAUCUGUUGCAACAGGGUGCUCCCCUCACCCGCAGGAGAGAGGAGGAACCCAGAAAAAUGACGCACAAGGCUUUAUAAAGACUUUUGAAAUUGCCACCCUGUAGAUCAAGACCACCCCCAGAAACAUCAUACAUACAUCACGGAAGGGGUGUAACCUAAGACCACCCCUCAGACCUAUAUCACAGAAAAGGCGGUCUAAACAGAAAUUUGAAUGUUUUUCUCCUGUCCUUGUUUAUCUCCUGUCUGGCAGGUUACUUGAUUAGAUUUCCUGGGGAGCCUGGCUAGUCUUUUGUAAUGAUAAAUACUGGGCCAGGUCACAGGCUCACACCCUAUUCAUAUCUUAAAUAUGCCCUUAAGACAGGAUUUGUGAGGAAAGAAACAAUGGGGAGGUUUCCCACUUUGACCUUGCAGAGAAAACAUUUGCUCAGUUUAGGAAUCAAAAUGGCUUCAGGUCGGUCUUCCUGUGCUGAUCUAUGUACAUGCGGUUAUGAACAUUACCAUAUAUCUAAGACCUCAAAAUUCCUAUCACAGUAUUAAGUGGGAGUUGCAACAGAUCAGGGCCAAAUCGAGUUGCAACAGAUCAGGGCCAAAUCCUGCCCCCUGGGGGGUGGGAAGCAACAGCCACAACAAAACUCAGGGAAGGUUGUAGUUACAGCUGCAGGCUUGUGGGUGCUGCUGGUUGAAUGAACUUUGAACUUUGGAAAAUGAGGUUUGGGGGCUUUUGCCCCUUCCCCCAGCUUCUCCCUUCUCAAAGCAGCAAAAAUUAGUUGCUGACCAGGGGUGUGAAACCACUUUCUCCCUGCAGGUCCUCCAGGGCCAGCUGGAACCCCAGGUCAGCCGGGACGUGAUGUAAGUACCCUUAAUCUCUGACCGGAGGAGGCAAGGGUUUCUGGGAGGGGCAGCACUGCAGAAACAGUCCAAUUGCAUUUUGAGCUCAUGAUUUGAAUAGGAGGUGGUGUUUUUCCAGGGCCUGGAACCUCCCAGUAUUUUGGGACUAAACUGUAGGUAACACUUAGCUGCCACCGUAUUUGGGGUGGGGAGAGAUCCCUUGCAACCGACUUGGAAUAAUUUUUAUUAAAGAUUUUCUUGAAUUGCAAAAGAACGGUCCCUUGCAACUGAGAUCCAUUGUUGUAUUAUUAUUAUUAUUAUUAAUCGCGUCUUAUGCACGUCGGCACGUCGUGUUAUGUUGCUGUUUAUUUGUACGCCUUUCAUUCAAACAGGCUCCUGGAAAUAAACAGAUAUAUGCAAAUAACGAUAAUGCAAAUAACAACAGUGCAAAUGCAACACAACUAAAACCAAACUAAAUCUUAACCUUUCUUUUUUUUAUUGGGACUUUAUUUUUAUUCAAGUUUAACAUAAACUAAAACAGUUGAAUGAGCAGGCUCAAAAAACAGCCAUUCAAGAAUUUUGAAAACAUCUAUAAAUUUUGGCGAGUUUAUAGAGUUUAUAUAGAACUGGCAAAAUUAACUUCAAUUAUAAGAUAUUAAUCAAAUCAAAAGUUAAGAAUGGAGUGGAAGUAUUUCAAAGAUUAUAUGUCAAAAUAUUGUUCUAAAAAUGACAUGCUAAUAGGCUUAGAAUAAAAAAUGCAAGCAAUAACAAAACCAAUAAAAGAAAGAAGGAAAAAUCAGAAUUUAACAAAAAUAAUUUAUUAUAGAAUGCAAGGGAAGAAAGGUAGAAAGAAAUAUAAAGAAGUUGAAUUGCUGUGGAGGGAAGUAGAGGGUAGGGGGUGGGUUUCAUAAUUAAGUGUAUAAUUAUGCAGCUGUUGUAAUUUAGAUAUUAUAUUUUAUGUGAGGGAAUCAUUGGGAAUUUUGGUUAUUAUGUAUAUAUGUUAAGUUUCAAUAAAGAUCUUUGGGGGGAGAAUUUUGAAAACAUCUGUAUGGGAGGGGAAAUCUUAACCUUUCAAAAGUGUUAGAAUGCAUUCGUUAUCACUGUGGGUUUAUUCCCCACAGUUGAGAGCAAGAGAGAGCAACAAUAAGUACAUAAACAGGAGUCCCUCUCCUUUUAAGGGUCCCAGUCCAGCAAUUUCUGGGAGGCCUCAGCCCUGGCAGAGAAGGCCCUGGGAGCAUCUUCAGUGAAAGGAUAUUGGAUGCUUGGGAAUUAGCCUCAAAGUGGGGGUGUACAAGUCUAGUUGUCGGUUGUGUGGUUGUUAUUUUUGCCACAGAGGGUAGAAAUCACAAGGAGGAGGGGAGUCUGGCAUGGGGCAAAACGCCAACCCUACUGCACAGCUGAAACGUAUGCGGGGUUGGGGAGAACAUGUUUGAAGCGGCAACGGUUCUUUCUUUCAGGGGAGCCCCGGAACCCCAGGCGCUGAUGGGGCAGCUGGUACCCCUGGAGAGAGAGGAGAGAGAGUGAGUACCGCCCUCCAGCAUCACGUGCUCUCAGACUUACAUCCAAAUUUCAUAGCACCAGAGAAUUGUGUGGUUGGAUACAUGCAGGAAUUACAGCUAAAAAUCAGCUUCCAGCUUGGUCGAUCUCCUUAAACUGCGGUGUCCUUAACUAGACCAAUCAAACUGGUUUGAUUUGCAGCCGCCAGCUAGGAAUUCCUCUCCACAAGAUAUAGAGCUGUUAUUACCCCUGCUGACGUCUGCACAUCAAGCAGUUUUCAAAAGCGUAUCUACAGUGGCUGGCUGGAAGAUGGCAACCCUCCAUCUGCCAGAACAGCAAACCCAGUGGAGCACUCAGAGCUCUUAAAGCACUGUGGGGCUGGAGGAACUACCCCUGUGGGAUUUCUCCCUGAGCCAGAGCCAUAUAAAGAAGCAGGCGCCUCCCUCCAGGUCAGGAUCGGGCAUAGGGGUGGGCUCUCGUGUUCAUAUACUUGCCCGGAGGACCUGGGUUCAAAUCCUGCCCGCUUGCUUUAGCACUGUGGGGAACCAUUGGCCCUCCGUGUGUUGCUGAUCUACAACUCCUUCCAGCCCCAGCGAGGGGUUGAUGGGAGUUGGAGUUUAGCAAAUUCUGGAAGGCCAGAAGUUCCCUGCAUUUGCUUUAACCAGGGCCUUCUCGGAGGUAGCGCCUGCCCCGUGGAACGCCCUCCCCUCAGAUGUCAAGGAAAUAAACAACUAUAUGACUUUCAGAAGAGAUCUGAAGGCAGCCCUGUUUAGGGAAGUUUUAAAUAUUUGAUGUUUUAUUCUGUUUUUAAUCUGUUGGGAGCAGCCCAGAGUGGCUGGGGAAACCCAGCCGGAUGGGCAUGGUGUAAAGUUGUUGUUGUUGUUGUUGUUGUUGUUGUUGUUGUCAGAGGAUGAAGACCAAAAAGGGGUUUUAGGCAGGUCCCUGGAGGGUUGGUGGGGCAAGAGAACCGAAGCAUAUAGCCAUGAACUGCAUUUUCAGGGGGUUGGACUAGAUGACUCUUGGGGUCCCUCUCAGCUCUACAGUUCUAUGAUUCUGUGACUCAGGUUUUCUUUUUUCUACUUCUUCGUCUCUCCUGUAGGGACCGCAAGGAUAUCCUGGCCGCCAAGGUCUCGAUGGAGAACGCGUAAGUGUGGCACAGCGGAGGAGGAGAGAAUACCCUGCUAGGGUGGGUGCGAGAAAUUUGGGUGGCUAGUGGCAAACUCCAGCAGCCAGGGAAGUUCUGCACAUUCUGAGAAAUGUCUCUUACACUACAUGAGAACUUCCUCGGUCACCAUUCUCCAUGGGACUUUCAUUCAUUCGCUUGUUCAUUCAUUUACCCAGCUCUUCAGUUCCCAGGCUGGCGUACAAAUUAAUAAAAAAAGCACAGUUCUAAUAAUCUUUUAUACGUCUCCCAAACUUUAAAAAUCACUUUCGUUAUAAUAUGAUUUUGAAAACUUUGAUGUACUCUUGCCUUUUCGUACCACAAGCAUGCAUGCCAGCCAAAUCUAUUGUCAUAUCCUUCCAAAUCUAAUAGAUCUGUAUUUUUUAGUUUUAUCCAUUCCCAGAUCCAGCAAAUACAGGAGGCUUCAAAAUAUAAUUUCAAGUCUGGCAGGGGGAGGCCUCCUCUAGGUACUGGAUUCUUAACAUUACACAGUUAUUAUAAUGGCCUGUCUCCAUGCCCAAGACAGCAUCCAUAAUCUGCCUUUCCCAGGGUGGGCCAAGCCUACCCCCUCUCCCUGCACUACCCUUACCCUUGGAAAGAAAAAAGCUUUGGUUUUCCCUCACACCCGUAUGAAGCUUUUUAUUGUAUUACAUACGUCUUACAUCAUAGGUCACUAACGCGAGUUCUGUGAGCUCAUAAGCCUCUAUGGAGCUCUUCCAAUUCUCACUGAAAUUUGGUUUUUGCCUGAGGUUGCAAAAUCUUUAUGCUGGGUUGGUUACUAAUUUCCAACCGCUUCCAGCUUAUGGAAACCUUUCUCCAUCUCUAAUCAUGACAAUGAGAUGUUGUGAUUCUCAAAUGCUCCCAGAAUUAUCUUAAUAAAUCCAUCUUACUAGGUUCCCUGUGUGCUUUUCCAAAAUGUUGCAUGUAAGAUUCUCCCUGCUGUUACAGUAUGUGGCUCUUGAAUUCAAUACUUCGGCGUUAUAUGCUGUUUUACACAAUUCAGCAAGGGGGCAAGUGCCAUAGCUGGAGCAUCUAUCUGCCUUGCAUGCAGAAGGCUCAAUUCCCAGCAGCUCCAGGUAGGUCUGGCAGUGUCCCCAUGUGAUUGCUGCUGCCAGUCAGUGCGGGCAAUACUGUGCUAGAUGGACCACUGGCCUUACACUCUGUGUAAGGCAGCUUCCUAGGUUCCAACAACAGCAGAAGAGGGUCUAAUGCAAUUUCCUAUUUGAAGAUUUCUUUUGCAAUAACCACAGACCGCCCCAAACCUUUGUUUUCUCAUGCCUUUUCUCCUUCCGCUUCAGGGUGAGCCGGGGCCCAAAGGUGAACCAGGCGAGAAAGGCACCUGGGUAAGCUUGUGGGGUGGGGUGGGGGUGGGGACCCUCCUUUUCUCUCCUCUUCCCCCACCCCAGACACUUGCUAACUCAACCAAGGGACACUGAGUCUUGGGAACCAGCUGGACCUGCAAAAAUCUGCCCCGAUUCCCAGCUCUCUGCCGCUAUUGUACCCUCAUCAACAGAAGCCCAUUUCCACUACUCAGACGUGAGCCAAGCUGGCAGGCUUCUAGGGGUGUGCAAGAAAUAUAAGGGGUACUGAAAUGAAGGCGCUUUCCUAUUGAGAUCUCCCAGGGUAUGCAAAACAGCCAAGAGCCUCGCGGCGCCUUGAAAGCAGCUUCCCCACCAGCACCCACUGAUUUUGGACCGCAAUUCCCAUCAGCCCCACCCAGCACAACCUUUCUCCUAUCAACCCCAGCAGCACAAGACUGAGGCUGAUGGGAGUUGAAGUCCAGAACCAUCUGCAGGGAGGCCACAUUGGGGAAGGAAGGCUACCCUAAAGGUGUAUUGUGUGGCACGAGCCAUCGUGAACCAAAAUCUGCUUCACCAGACAUUUUAUUUCUCAGAGCUCAGUGCGUAUUCUGCAUGAACAGAACAUUUUUGUUGUUGUUCACCAAAAUGAUCAAAGUUCUUUGCCAAGAAAAACCACAUGUGAUGAUCUAUAUGGACUGUGUAAAUCUUUUGUGUCCACAUUUUUGUGGGCUUUUAAGCCUAUUUCCACAGCCUUAAGGACUAGAAACUUGGUUUUUUGUUUUAAAAAAGAAAGCUUCCCAUCUUGGAGAUACUGAAUUCUUCCUUUGCAUGGUACAGUGGGAGCAAUAAGCACAGCUUUCUUGCCGCUGGCCAGCGCAAUCUGAAACCAGGACCGGACGUGUGAGGCUGCCUUUCUCCUCCCAUAGGCAAGAGAACGGGAACACUCAGGCACGAUCCCAACUAGGAUUGCCAACUCUUCAACCAGCUGCUGCAGCUCUGCCUUUUAGGAGCAGCUUGGUGUGCAGAUGUUGGCAACCGAUUGUGGCUCCAUACUGCGAAAAGUGUUGUGGGCUGAUUUCUGCAGAGCGGAGGGUUUUUGAAAGAACAGAGUGGGUGGGUCCAUAUUUUCUUCUUCCUCAUUCCCAGUCUCCCCCCUUGCAAAGUCUCCAGGAGCUUUUUAGUAUUGUGCUCUGUUUCAUUGCUGCCCCUUGAAAUAACAUCUGUUCCAGUCAUCAAAACAUCACCCAUCCCAUCCAUUUAAAGCAGUAUCAUAUCACUAUUAACAGUCCUGGCUUGCCCCCCAAAAAUUUUGUGAGCUGUAGUUUGUUACGGGUGCUGAGGGUUUUUUAGGACCACCCCCAAAUUCCCCAUUCCCAAAGCUACAAUUGCCAGAGUGGCUAAGCAAUCACAGAGUUGUAGAGUUGGAAGACCUCAAAAGGUUCACUAGUCCUACCUUAUGCAGUGCAGGAAUCGCACCUAAAAUAAACCCUUGUUCCCAGACAAUUCUGGGAAUUGUAACUCUGUGAGGGAGAAUAGAGGGUCUCCUCUUGACUCUCUGCAUUUUAAAGGCGAACCUACCUUGAUGUGCAUUUUUCAAAACAAGACAUUAAAACUUUCACAUAUCCAAAUUUUGCAAUGCAAAAUUUUCUUCCUGGAGAGUGAGCCCAAAUGAAUGCUAAGGAACUGGGGGGUGGGAAUUGGUUUGGUUUGGUUUGCAUAUAUCUGGGGUAAGUGUCCAGAAAAAUGCAUAUAUUUGUGGAGGAAAGCAUACAAAAAAAAAGCCUAAGUAUUACUACUGUUAUUAAAUUUGCCAUACCCCUCCGUGCCGAAAGAGUCUUCUGAGAAAUACGUCAGGGAGAAUUGCAUGUAAAACUCUGCGUGUGUAAGGAAAGAAAGGAGUGCAAAACUCUGUGCGUUAGGUGAAAACGAGUCUCAGAUUGCUGUGGGCUUAAAAAUUAAAUUGCAGAAUGACAGGGAAAGUGAACUUCAGUUUGAGGAAACACGAAAUGGAGAGAAUUUGCCCAUUCCUCAUGAAAGUAGCCGGGCUCUGAUCUGGGAUCGUGUUGCGAGCUCAGCCAGGCCAGAAGCAAAGACCAUAAAAAGAAGCACAGAGAACCGUUGUGGAGGCACCUUGGGCUCUCUGUAUGUUGUUGCUGGACUACAACUCCAAUCAGCCUCGGCAAACGUGGCUAACGGCCAGGGAUGGUGAUGAUGAUGGGAAUUGUAGUUUAGCAACAUCUGGAAGGCUCAAAGUUCCCCAUCUCCUGACUCAAAGUCUAGAGAUGGGGGGAAGUAUCUGGGAAUCCUUGUCUGAGGGCUCUCUCCUGCCUGUCUCUUUCCCUGGCUGCCACCCCCACUGAACCCCCCUCACCCCACUCUGCCCAGGGCCUUGGUGUGCUGGUGCCAGAACUCCUGUGUUCUGUCUGUUCCUCUGAGACACGGAAUUGGGACCUUUUUCUGCCCUAGGGGACCACAUACUAGUGGUGGGCGUGGCCAGAGGCGGGGCAACACAUGUAAAUUCCACCUUUGUACAAUAGGCCAGUUUCUUCCCUGUCCCCCCCCCCCCAAUCCUGGCAAGCCAGAGACUGGUCAGAUUUCAAGGGUACAUUUCCAGCCAGGCAGAAAUGACUGAGAUUCCCCACCCUUGUUCUGGGAGGAGGGCAGAUCUUAGCCCUCUGCUCUGUUUCUUGUUACAUGUGGUGCAAAAGGGGGGGGGAGUCCGCUUUGCAUUACCUCUGCCACUGGCCAGGGCUGAUGGAAAUUGUAGUCCAAAAGAUCUGGAGGGCACCAGUUUGGGGAAAUCUGAGUUAAAGAGAUGCCCUCCCCUUAAUGGGGAAGACUUGGGAAGGGCUGUAGCUCACUGGUAGAGCAUCUGGUUCAGUCUCCACCUGUGGAUGGGAAAGACCGCCUGUCUAAAAAAAGCAACCCCAAAGAGUUGCUGCUGGUCAGUGCAGACCGGGCUUCCCAACCCCCCAACUUCAUGGACCCCUUUCGUGAGCUUAGGAAGUCGUCACCAACCCCCAACCCAACAUGAAUGAGGUAAAGUCUAGAAAGAUUGAUCUGUAACAAACAUUUAUUAAUCCCCAUUGCUAGGAAUCACAAACAAAAGGAUGAGUAUUAUUGCAUUGCAGAAUCGUCUUAUUAGAUGCAAAGGUUCCUCACUGGCACUCUGUACAUGCUCGUGCCCUUGAUUUCUGAGACUCCUAAUUCCCACUACAGUCGUACCUUGGUUUUCGAACAGCUUAGUUCUCAAACGUUUUGGAUUCCGAACGCCACAAACCCGGAAGUGACUGUUCUGGUCUGCAAACUAUUUUUGGAAGCAGAACAUCCAACUGGUCUUCCACGGCUUCCUGCAGCCAAUCAGAAGCCUCAAUUUGGUUUCCGAACAUUUUGGAAAUCGAACGGACUUCUGGAACAGAUUCUGGUUGACUUCCAAGGUACGACUGUAUAGGCCACAAGUGCCUUUUCUGUGCCUUUUCAGCCCCGGCACAGGCCCACCAAACUCCAGGGAGGGGGUCAGUAUUGACCGCUUUGAGAACCCCCUCUGCAGACAGCGCUGAGUGAGAUGGACAGAUGCUCUGACUCGCCAGCAAGCAGCUUCCACCGUGCCUUUGCUUGUAACUGGAAAGAUGUUCCUGCUUUUAGGUUCAGCUGUCUCGCUCGCCCCAACUUGGGACGUUGCUUUCCCAGCUCUCACUGGGAUAGUUUCCCCUCCUUCCUGGUGGAAGUGAGAGGGACUGUUCUCCCCUCGCUCUGUGUGUUUGGCCCCAUUCGGCCCCAUACAUCAGUGUCAUUCCCUUUCACAUAGUCGCGGCUUCCCCCAAAGGAUUCUGGGAGCUGUAGUUAGUUAAGGAUGCUGAGACCCCUCUCCCCCUCCUAGAGCUGCAGUCCUCAGAGUGGUUUAACAGUCAUUGCUCUUUCCCAGAGAACUCUGGGGACUGAGCGGGAAAAGGGGGUCUAACACUGCUUAGCCGCUGUAACAAACUACAGCUCCCAGAAUCCUUUGGGGGAAGCCCUGACUGUUCCGAGUGGCAUGAAAGCACUUUAAAUGGGAUGGUGGGAAUGUGGCCUCUGGGAUAUAGCUCUGGGAAUCUGGUUACUGCAUCUGUCUGUCUCUCUCCACCUCCAUGCCACCCUCGAGGUCGCUGCAUUUGGGACCACCCCCUGCUACUAACCUCCCAUGCAUGUGCUUCUGCUGUGCCUACACACCUGACUUCCUGAGCAAGGAGGGAAAACUCAUGUCUUCUCGACACCAAUCCCAGGCGGCCGUAUUUGGGGCUCUGUGCCAUUGUGGUUCUUCUGUUCAUUUUCUUUGCUUUGGUUUGGCAUCCUUCCUGCAGGAGCUUCUGGUUGGACCCAGCAGCCUGCUUCUCUAUAACCCAGCUUUCUGCAUUUGCAAAAGCAGAACAGAAGGUCUCCCGUGACUUUAUCUAUUUUGCAUUUAAAGCCCACCUUUCUCCUCCAAGCAGCUACAUGGCCCUCCCCCUCCUCAUUCAACAACAACCCUGCGAGGUAGAUUAGACUGGCCGAGGCAAGCGUCACUGAUUUGAUCUCUCUCAAGUCCUAUUCCGACACUAACCACUGCGCAGUGCUGCCUGUCAGUGGGUUAACCCUCCGCUUGCUGGAGCUUCUGGAUCUGUUGGGGAGUCCAUCAGCGCUGCUUCCUGGUGGUUACGUCUCCCCAAGGCAUUUGCCGGCCUGCAACGAUGCAGAAGGUGUCACCCAAGUGCCACUGAUGCCAAGACAGCAUCCUCUGCUGCACCUGAGGGCAGCUGGCUAGCUUAGCGGGCAGAGGGCGGGCACCUGGAGUGAGGGCAGGGAAUCUUGGGUGCCAACACAGCCCUGGCUCAGGAAGAUUUCUGAUGGUGUAAUGCAGGGGUGAGAAACCUUUCUCCAGCCUGAAAACCACAUUCCCUUUUGCGGGGGGGGGGGAUGCUUGGGGUGGGCAGGGUCACAGACAAAAGCAGCAAUUAGGCAGCUGGUCCAGCGUGCGAGGUGAAGCUGCCCCAGUUUCAGGACAAAACACACUUUCCCUCUGAUUAUAUCUUUCUCUCCCUGCGAGCUGCGCCAGCUGAAUGAUACUGUUUGCUCAAACUCCUUAAAGGACUGCACAUGCAUGAUAGAUACUUGAUAGAUGCUCUGUUUGCAUUUGUGCCCCUUGGGUGGGUGGGUGGGUGUGUUGUUGUCAUUUCUGAUGGCUGAAACAAAUGCGGACGGGAGGGAGGGUUAGGCAUGCCAAGCCUCAGCUCACCCCCCGCCUCCCUCUCCUUUUUGCACGUAUUUGUGCGCAUGCACACACACACACCCCUGCACGUGCGUCCCCUUCACGGCCGUGUCUGUCUCUCUUUCGUCCGCAGGGGGAGGGUUUGCACCAGCUGCGAGAGGCUUUGAAGAUUUUAGCUGAGAGGGUUUUAAUCUUGGAAACAAUGAUUGGGCUGCAUGGUGAGUAGAGACAGACAGGAGGACAAAAUUUUCCCCCGUGCCCCCCCAGGCCAGGAGGGGUCAGGAAAAAGGGGCCCACCAUGGGGGAGGCCCCGCCCAGGUCUGUAUGGUGAUCUGCUUGGGCGGUUUGCCCUGUUCUUGCAGCCUUUUGCAAAAUCCAGGGGUUCAGUUGCGCCCUUGGCUGGAUACUGGACUGACUCUCUGGGUCCUGUGGGGAGCAGGCCUGGCACAAUGCAUUGAGGGCGGCUCAGCCAUGGCACAGUCUCCAUGGCAAUGUCCAUGGUGACAUCAGGAAGUGGUUGCACAGGGUCUGCUGGCAGAAGCAGAUUCCCUCCCCCCAAAACCCCCCAAUUUUUUGUUGUUUUUGUUGGCAUCUGUCUGUCUCAAGAGACAAUGGAGUGCACCUUCAGAGGUGAACCUGAACUUCUGUUAGCAGCACCUAAGUGACCUCCCCAGGGCGCAAGCCUGGGCAGUGCCUAUGGAGGUCCUAGGCUGCCCAAAUGACAAGACCCCCGUCUUGGCCUCGCUGAUGUGGUCCAAAGGAAAACAGAGCAAUAGGUUUGGCACCACCUUGGCUGCAGCAGUUGCCAGGAGGAGGCAUGCAAGGCACCCUCCAGCCGUCUUAGGGACUCCAUUCUGGAUUUGUGUAGGGUUUACUCCAUAGCCUUUUCUUCUCCCAAAGAUAUCCCCCAAGGCAGCGGAGGUUUAGGACCAGAGUUAUCCUUCUCCUAAAUGAGAUACCUUCCCAGAUGGACAAACCUCAUCUCCCCCUCACUUGCCUCUACAGCACGUAUAGAAACGGUCCUCUGCGCCAUUGAGUUAGGGACGUCUAAACCAACUGUACUUCAAAACAUUACAGUGGUGCCCCGCAAGACGAAUGCCUCGCAAGACGAAAAACUCGCUAGACGAAAGGGUUUUGCGGUUUUUGAGCUGCUUCGCAAGACGAAUUUCCCUAUGGGCUUGCUUUGCAAGACGAAAACGUCUUGCGUUUUUUGCAAGUUUGUUUCCUUUUUCUUAACACCGUUAAUACAGUUGCGACUUGACUUCGAGGAGCAACUCAUAGAACGCGGUGUGGUAGCCUUUUUUGAGGUUUUUGGUGAUUUUUGAAGCUUUUCCAAAACUUUUCCGACACCGUGCUUCGCAAGAUGAAAAAUUCGCUAGAUGAAAAAACUCGCGGAACGAAUUAAUUUCGUCUUGCGAGGCACCACUGUACAGUGGUGCCUUGGUUCUCAAACUUAAUCCGUUCCAAAACCAAAGCGUUCCAAAACCAAGGCUGCUUUCUCAUAGAAAGUAAUGCAAAAUGGAUUAAUCUGUUCCAGACUUUUAAAAAACAACCCCUAAAACAACAAUUUAAAAAAUACAAAAACCCCAGCAAUUUAACAUGAAUUUUACUAUCUAACGAGACUAUUGAUCCAUAAAAUGAAAGCAAUAAUCAAUGUACUGUACUAUAAAAUAAAUAAGUAUUGCAGAUGAUAAAAAUUAAUUAAAAAAAAUUUCUUACCUGCACUGAUGUUUGGAUGGGGGGCUUUUAUCCAUUUCUGCAGUCACACAAUCAAUCAAUCAAUCAAUCAAUCAAUCAGUAGCUGAACUGGGUUCCACACAGUCACAAAAACAAAUUAACCGAAAAAGCCUCAAAAACAAAAACGCAAAAUAAAUAGCAAAAACAAAAGCGCCAAACUUAAUCCAUUCCGGAAGUCUGCUUGACUUCCAAAGUGUUCGAAAUCCAAGGUGCAGCUUCUGAUUGGUGCAGGUGCCCUGGAAACAAUAGCCAACAGUUGUAUCGGACGUUCGGCUUCCGAAAAACAUUUGAAAACCGGAACACUUACUUCUAGGUUUUCGUUUGAGAACCAAGGCAUUUGAGAACCAAGGCGUUUGAGUACCAAGGUGCCACUGUACUACUUUUUGUCAUAUGUUGAACUUUUACUAGUCACUAUGGUAAAAAAAGGGAAAGGACCCCUGGACAGUUAAGUCCAGUCAAAGGCAGCUAUGGGGUUGUGACACUCAUCUCACUUUCAGGCCGAGGGAGCCGGCGUUUGUCCACAGACAGCUUUCUGGGUCAUGUGGCCAGCAGGACUAAACCGCUUCUGGUGCAAUGGAACACCGUGACAGAAACCAGAGCGCACAGAAACGUUGUUUACUAGUCACUUGCUAUGUAGAGAGGCUCUAAACAACUUAAAAAAACUUGUAGAGUGUCAUGGAUUUCAAAACACAUGCAGAGAAAGAUUUCUCAGUCCGGUGUUAGUUUCAUUUGUGCUCAUACAAUCAGUGGUCAUGGGAGAGGAAUAGAAAAGGAACUCUCCAAACAGGGGAUCCUUAUAGAAAAAUGUACUCUUACAGCAUCAGGCUCAGAUAAAACAUAGACAAAUUGCCCUCCUUCCUUGUACGGGGAUGAGCUUUUCUGCUUCUGAGCAUGGCUACCAGACGGAUAGAUAGAGAUGGACUGCAGAUCUUAGGAAGACCAGGUCUUCUUACGCUUAUCACUCAGCUGAACUUGGUUCAAGGCAGAGAGAGGAGGCCUUUGGGGAACACAUUGGGGUGGGACAUAUUUUCCCCUCAAAAGCAUAGCAUAAAAUCAGGGGGGAGAUACAAUAAAAAACAAUUCAAAGAAUAUUGCUAACCAAAAGCGAUUUUCCAAUCAAAGCACUCAGACAAGGCAGAUGGGGAAUCAGGACCAGGGUGGGGCUGGUGUUUGUAGGAUGGGGUGUUGGAGUGGACAAAGAUGAACCCAGUCUGGGCCAGACUUGGAGCGAACCUCUGCUCAAGGCCACACAAACGACCCAAAGAAAGGAGAAUAUGCAGAGUCCCGAAGUUAACACCUGAGGCAGACAAUCCCAUAAGCACCACCCUCCUUUUCCUGGCAGCAGAAAUACAGUACAGUGGUACCUCUGGAUGCGAACGGGAUCCGUUCCGGAGCCCCGUUCACAUCCAGAAGGAAACACAACCCGCAUCCGUGGCUCACGAUUUGCCUCUUCCGCACAUGCGCGUGAUGUCAUUUUGAGCGCAUGCGCGAGCGGCGAAACCCAGAAGUAACGCGCUCUGUUACUUCUGGGUCGCCGCAGCGCGCAACCUGAAAAUACUUAUCCUGAAGCUACUUCAACCCGAGGUAUGACUGUACAGAGAACGGCCAUAUUGCUCACAACCAAGGACUGUUGAUGUGGUGGAAUCUAGUGGAAUUAGACACACACACAAGGCAGAUUUUCCCUCCAGGGUUUUUUUCUGUCAAAAAAUGCCCACCGCUCCAAAUUUCCUACUGCAGAGUAGCAUCUUUUAUUCUUGUUGUUUGACCGAGAAUUGAGGCUGUGAGAUCCAAGUCUGCUUUCCCUGACCUGGUCCCCUCCCCAGAUGUUUUGGACUACAACUCCCAUCAGCCCCCAGGGAUGGGGUGGGGGAAGAAAUACGAUUCAGUCCACAUUUCAAGGCAAGCCUCCCUAAUUUGCAGUGUCCACACCAAUGUGUGAACCGAAACACAGCUGUCCUGUGCAAUUUGCACUCCUCUGAAUUUUGCGGUGCACUUCUGUUGCCAAAUGAUGCGUUCAAAAACAAAUAUAUUAGAGUGCAUAUAAACUAUUACAUUAGUGAAAACAGUUCUGCUAUGGUGUAUGGACUAAAUGCUAUCCUCGUGAAAAGACUAUACGAAGCUGCAUUAUAUUGGGGGAAAUUGCUUUGCAAAAAACCAUAAUAAUAAAACAGAGCAGUCAAAGUAGUUUGAUUGCCCCGGGUCUCCUAUGUAGUCUUGUAUCGAACUGAAAUUUUCAAAGUGUGGGCAGAGGGCUUCAGUUGCUACUACUGAGCAUGUGCAGUAGUUUGAGCAUGCUCAGUGUGGGAAAACGGAGGUGGUGGGCUUCUGGUGGCUACACCUCCAAUAAGGUAGGAGCUGAGUGCCCUCUGGUGGUGGCAGCAGAAGAGAACAGCCACUUGCGCUCCCUUUCAAUGGAGAGCGCAACUUUCUGAGCAAUCCUAGGCUCAUUUACUCAGAAGUAAUUGCCACCCAGUUCAGCUGAGUUUACUCACAGGCAAAUGUGUAUAAGUCUGCAACUUAAAUGCUAAUAACAACCCUGGAUCAGUAUAGCUGAUAUUUUAAUGCAACCAUCAAUUUAUUAGGGUCAGUUUGCGACAAAAAGGUAAAGGUACCCCUGACCAUUAGGUCCAGUCGCGGAUGACACUGGGGUUGCGGCGCUCAUCUCACUCUAUAGGCCAAGGGAGCUGGCGUUUGUCUGCAGACAGCUUCCGGGUCAUGUGGCCAGCAUGACUAAGCCGCUUCUGGUGAACCAGAGCAGCGCAUGGAAAUGCCGUUUACCUUCCCGCCAGAGCGGUACCUAUUUAUCUACUUGCACUUGACGUCCUUUCGAACUGCUAGGUGGGCAGGAGCUGGGACCGAACAACGGGAGCUCCCCCCGUCACGGGGACUCGAACCACCGACCUUCUGAUCGGCAAGCCCUAGGCUCUGUGGUUUAGACCACAGUGCCACCUGCUCAAACCUCCUUGCGUUAAUUCAUUUCCCCACCUUUCCACUCCAGGGGCAUUCCAGGAUGUGUGCUAGAGCUGAGGAGGAUGCAGAGAGGUGAAAAGCAGGGCUGCUUCCUUGAUUGGGAUCUCCAUACCCUUCCACCAUUUUCCCAAUGAAAAUAGGGGCAUCCUAUUCCAUUAUUAUUAUACCCCAGCCAUCUGACUGGUUUGCCCCAGCCACUGUGGGUGGCUUCCAACGUAUAUAAAAACAUAACAAAAGAUUAAACAUUAAAAAACUUCCCUGUACAAGGCUGCCUUCGGAUGUCUUCUAAAGGUUGCAGUCAUCUCCUUAGCUUGGGGGGUCUCAUAACUCCAUACCCUCCAGCAUUUCUCCAAUGAAAAGAGGGACAUUCUAAGGAAAAGAGGGACAUUCUGGGAUCAAAUCAGAAACCGGGACAGCUUCUGUAAAUCUGAGCCUGUCCCUGGAAAACAGGGACACUUGGAGGGUCUGCCUCUCAGAAGAGAUACCUCUUUAAGUUGGGAGCAGCAUGUAGAUUUAGACUCCCAUGGCCUCCACCCUUUCUCCGAUGAAAACAGGGACGUCCCAUUCCAUAAUGAUCGUUUUACUAUUUAUACCCCACACAUCUUACUGCGUUGCCCCAGCCACUCUGGGAAGCAUCCAGCAUAUAUUAAAACAUAAUCAAACAUUUUUUUAAAAACCUUCCCUAUACAGGAUUGCCUUCAGACAACUCGGGAGUCAUUUCUGCAUCAUUUUUUCUAAGGAAAAUAGGGACAUCUUUAGGAAAAGCAGGAGAAGGAUUAAACAUAAACUAUUAAUUGAUAUCAAAGAAAGAGGGGGAUUUUCCCUGCCAUAUUUGGAACUCUAUUAUGAGGCAGCCUGUGAUUCCCAGCAUCUGAGAUUCAGAAAAAUUUAUUGCCUCUGACAGUGGAAGCCAUUCCGGCUAGUAACUACUAAUUGCCUGAACCUCUGAGUGUGCCUAAUCCCCUUUUAAUGCAAUCCAAGUUGGCGUUGUCACAACCUCCUGCAGGAGCAAGUGCCAUAGUUUAGCUCUGUGCUGCCUGAAUGAGAACUUUUCUCUGUCCUGAAUAUUCCAGCAAUCAGUGUCAUUGGGUAUCCAUGAAUUCCAGCGUUUACGAGAGAGGGCGGAAAAACUUCUGCUUUCUCCGUGCAAAGUGAGAGCUGUUAGGGGGUGAUGGAUGGUGAAACCUUCCCUUUGCAUCCUCUGGAGCCAUUGGGCGAAUCAGUAUGUGCCUUAGUGAUUCUGGGGGUGCCUGUUCCAAUAAUAAUAAUAAUAAUAAUAAUAAUAAUAUUAAUAAUGAUGAUGAUGAUGUUACUUGUACCCCACCCAUCUGACUGGGUUGCCCCAGCCACUACAGAGAACAGAGGUCUACCAAUGGGAAGCUUUAUUAUAUCACAUUUAUUUUAUUUUAUUAUUUUAUUUUAUUUCCUUCCAAGAAAAAAACCUCUUCCUGCAUUGCAGGGCAUUGGGCUAGAUGACCCUACAAUUCGAUAGUGAAGUUAGCUACCAGCAUACAGCUCCUUUUCUGCGUGAAACUUUGAGAAACAGAACCACCCCUCCUUUUUAAAAAGGCACAGGCUUUUACAUGCCCCUGAUCCCCAUAAGUAAAGAGUGGAAAACCCUGUAUCAUGUCUUUCCAGGACCAGAGAAUUAUCACCUUUAUAUCUUCUGAGCCCCCUGCCCAAAUUCUCCACCUGCAGUCACACACCCCUCCAAAGAUUCCCGAUUCAGACCCCUUUCCCUCUCCCCUCCUCUCCACCCUUUCCCCAUAACGAGGGUGAAUGAAUUUCCGCUCUGCUCUUCUCAAUCUCCCAUCAGGCCAUUAGCUUACGAAGCUUCCUAGAGCAGCAGGCCCAGCUGAAGCUCUUGUCUAGGAGGGUCACCUUGCUGGAAGCUAUCAUCUGGCCAGGUAACAACAGAGGGGGGGCUCCCCCUCUCUCCCUCUCCCCUUUCCCUAGCAUGCUGCAUUCACCAAUGCAGAGAGCCCAUGGCCAGGAGACCCCCCCCCACUUUGCUUGCAGACAUGGGCUUUCUCUCCUUCCCCGUCAUCCCAAACUCUGCAUGCCACUAGUCCACAAUGUCCAGGUUUUUAAUACCCCCUCUCCAUAGCCCUGCUGCAGUCAGAGCUGCUUUUAUGUGGGAUUUUGCCUUUCCUGACCCAUAGCCACUGGGGUGGGGUGGAGGGAGACUUAAGGGGGAUACAUUUGGUGAUGGCUGGGGUGGGGAGGGACUGCUCCUCUUCCUCCCCACCCCUCCAAGCAUGAGCUCAGAAGUUAAAAAAAAUGGCUUGCCUUGCACCAAAAGUUAACGCCAGCUUGAGGGUGUAUUGGAUUUGUCAGACUGCUGGGUAUCCAACAGCAUGGGGCGGGCCUGCCUUUACGAUGGAAGUCUGUGCAUGCUCAGUGGCAGUCUCCUUUCAAGUCAGCUUGCACCUUGUAGCUUAAGUCUGCCUGAAGUAAGUCGGCUCAAGCACUGAUCUGCCUCUUCACUCACCUGGGAAUGCACCAACCAAUCCAAGAACGAUGUUAGCAGGGAACCAGUGCAGAGGUUCAAGUAGGGCAGUCCGCUGGCUGACCGCAGCUAAGAGACUGACUUUGCAGCAUUCUGUUUGAAGCAGGAGCUCCAAAUCAGGACAUACGAUGGGGGCAGCUUCUCCCCUGCUUCUUGUUCCCCGUCAUUCAGAUACACUGCCCCUGCAGGUGAGGGUUCCACCUGCCUGCUGCGGUCAGGCGAUGUUGCUAGAUACCCAGUUAGGCAGCUUUCCCCCAGCCAUGUGUCCUCUGAUGUCACAACUCCCACCAGCACCAGCCAGCGUGAAUCAAAGGUGGCUGGGAGUUGUAGCACAACAAUGUUUGGGGAACCCAAGGCUGAGAUAGGCUCAUUCUAAGGUGAGAUUCCUUCUGCAGUUUCUCCCCUUCAGAUUCAUUUGGAACAGCAGUUAGUUUAGUUUACAUUAAGGAAAUCAAGUCUUUUGCUCUUGGAAGACACUGGAUCUUGCAGUCAACUUUGAAUACAGGCAUGGCGGGAGGGACCCCCAGAAUCCCUAAGGAGCACCCACACCUUGUUUGUUCUCCUAGAGCAGGGAUAGGGAACCUGCAGGCUCUCCAGAAGUUGCUGCACUAUAAAUCCCUUCCUCCUUGACCCAUGCAUGGGACUCCAGCAACAUCUGGGCAGCUGUGGGUUUUCCGCUUGAGCCACCUAGACAUUUUCCACACCUCUGGAACCAUGAGGACCAGAAACUUGUUUUCUCUUUUAAAAAGUUCACAAAAUGACAACCGAGGUUCUUGGGUUGCCAAAUUCGGCAGCGGAUGAAAAGCAGCUCAGCUCUGACUCUUGCUUGUCCUUCCUCUCCGUUGACAGAACCGGAACCGGGAUCUGGACUGGGCCUUUCCUCCACCAGCAUGCCUGGCUACGACCGGGGGAAGCGCGACGAGAGCUUGGCAGCCUACAAGAUGAUCUCCCACCACCUCUCUCAGAGGAGCGAGGAGGAGAGGAAAUGAGGAGGGGGCCGUUGGCCUGCCAGUUGGCAGGUGCAGACGAAGAGCAUCCUUUUUGAGGAGGGCACGAGAGGCCUCUUUCGGGGUGCCCCCCCCAAGACCCAGCCCUCUUCCUCCCACUUUGGACUGCCCCCCCCCACGGAGAAGCAGUGGAGAGGCGUGUGUUGAGGAGGGCGCUUGCUUGCCCACAGCCUGCUACCAUAUUUAUUUCGCGCAAAGGGUUGUGUGUUUGUGUGUCUCUGUAACGGUUGCUGCGAUGCACCCCACGCCUUCACCCCACAAACUGUUGCCACAAUUAAGCCGCUAAGCAUUCUUUGCGGCUGCCUGAUUGUCUCGUAGGGAAAGCCGUUUAUCCCUUGGUGCUAUUUAAUGGGGAUAUUUCCCCCCUGCACAGCACAACUGCACCCUCUCCUGUAACUUGCUGUUUUUCUGGCGCUUGGGACUUUGACCUGGAAAUUUAACUAGUUUUUCUACUAAAUUUCUCCCGAUCCCUGAAUCGCCCCCUUUCCCCCAUAGCCUGGCCCGGGCAAGGAUAACUGAGGAGAGAAACUGGGCUUUUCUGGACUACUGUUUUCAACCGCAGUUGUGGAAGACAUCAUGAUAUCUUUGCCGGGAAAACAAAGAUUCCCCACUCGCUUCCUAAGAAUGGGGAGCUCUGGUAGGGUCAGGUCAAAGGGGUUCCUAGGGCUUCACUUUCGCUCGGGAUGCCCAGCAGUGUGUGUUUGUGGAGAGAGGACAAACAUUUUCCCUUCCCUGGUAGAAGUUGCCAGCGCUGAACUGUGUGGACGUUGUAAGAACUACAUCAGUGGCUGUCCCAACAAAGGAUUUGCAUGCGUAAGUUCUUUGUGAUUGGAUCCCCGGGUACAAUUUUAGCGACCGGAUCAGAUCCGGCACGCAAGCCGUGUAUCCCAAGUUGUCAAGUGGGCUGCGAAGGCGAUUCAAAGGGAGGUUGGAUGUUGGAACAGGUGGGGAGGUGCUGCUGGUGCUGCCAUGAAGCCUCAAGCACCUGGGAGACGAUCAGACUACUCUUAAUGCAAAGUCUUGUGGGCAAAGCAGGUCAGGGAGAGAGAAGGAUGUGUGUGUGUGUUUAUCUAUGUGUGUCUGCCUCUAUAUAAUGUAUGUACUCUCUGGGAUUUUGGCUGAUAACAGGGACCAGGUCAAUAAAGCUUCACUGAACAGGA